GCACGUGGGUUUGUUAUUGCAGGAAGUGAAGAUGGCGGCUCAGUCGUUGCUUUCCGAGUCUGUUCUCGGAUGGUCUAUUUUCACCUUUAUACUCUUGGUAAGCAAGUGUAACCUUGUCUAUUCGUUUUAUUAACCAACAGAACGUCAUACGAUCAGUUUGAAUGUUUUAUUGAGUGAAAAGGCGGCUGUGUUAAUGCGCAACCAGACCUGACAUGGCUACGAUGUAUUAACGCCAAAAUUGGCUUUGGAUUUAAGCUAACAUUAGCCGUGACACACUUCGGCUGUUCUGUCGGAGGCGCUCAGUUAAGGAUUAAGUCUACCUUUAGUGCUGUAUUUUACACUGUCAGGAAGGAUAGUAACGUAAACCAGGUCAAAAUCAGCGGGUAUUCUUUCUUCAGUGGACGAUUUAGUAACAUCUCCAGGUGGAUGUUUCCAGGAAACGACAACAACCCAAUUUAUCCUGUUAGCUUUCAGCACUGGGUCCUAAAUGACACCAGACUUUAAUACACGGUUUAAAGUUAUUUAGUUUUUAACAAACCUAAAGCAGAGGCUGAUUUUCACCGUUGAUACUGCAGAUAAUAUGUUUGUUACCUGUACUUUCAUGUAAACUGGGUCAUUUGGAUUGGUGGCUUCAGUCUCUAUCAGAUACUAAAAGUUUAAUAUGAUCAGUCCAGGUAAAUAUGUAUAGAAGAAGCUAACACCUGUGAGCUUAUAAUAAGACUACAUAAAGUUGACUGAGUUGAUUACAAGCUGAGAUGUAGCUUAAAAAUGCUAUUGUGUGCAGUCUAUGUGUGCAGGUAUGAAUGGGGUCACUUACAAAAUGUUAAAAACACGAUGAAUUGAGAUAAUUUGCUUGUUUUUUCCCCCCUCAAUAAUCAUCAUUUGAAUAUUAUAUAUUUUUCAAGUAUUUCACUGUAUUUGACAGUGUAAUGGGAAUAAGAAGCAUAUAGGGUAACUCCUGUUUCAACACAAUACUUGAUAUCAUGUCCACAAUAACAACAAUAUUACCACACAGUGACUCAAUUACAACUAUUAAUUACAAGAGAGUUCUAUAACGAUACAAAAGGAUAUCAGAUAAACUGAAGUAUAAAAAAAUACCUUAAACAGAUGAAGUGCACGAUCUCUCCCAGUUGUGCCACUGCGAGGAGACAUGAAGUUUGAAGUCAGGGAAAUAUGUUGUGUGCUGUAUGUUAAGGAUAAAUAUUUUAAAUUAAAAACUGUAUGUAUGUUAUAAUUUUACAUGCCCAGGGUUAUGAUAACCGGGUCCCGCUAGUCAAGAUGAUGAUUUAUUUCCGUAUUGGUAUUUUAAGAACUAUACAGAUUUAAGUUUAUUUCAGUUUCAGGCUUUACUAAGGUCAACAUAAAGAUGUCUCAAGAAGUAUCAAGUAGUUCACAGCUGUAUGGUGGUGCAGUGAUACCUGGCUCAGAGACCUUUUCUGUAGUAUGGUAUUAAAAUGUUCUUGGCUUCCCUCUGAGAAUUCUGGCUUCCUCCUACAGCCCACAGACAUGCUGGUUUACCGGUGACCAUAAAUUGCGUGUAGAUAUGAGUUUGAAUGUGUCAGUUUGUCUAAAUAUUAUCUCCGUGAUAGGCUGGCAACCUGUACAGUGUGUACCCUGCCUCCCACCCAAUAACAGCUGGGAUAAACUUCACCUCCCUGUGACCCCAAAUGAAACAAAAACGUACAAAUAACAGAUGGAUGGAUCUAUUACUUUGAUAAUACAUCCUGUUUUUGUUUACUUUGUCCCAUUUGACUUUGUCACUAAGGAGUCAAGAAAACAAGGUCUUAAACUUAGUAAGUUUUGAUAAAUUCAAACAAAGUUUAAGGACUUUUUUCAAAGAAAUCCAGCAGCAAAUGUUGGAUGUCUCCUGUGUUCUUGCUUGGUUGAAACUCAAACUGCAUGCACAGUUUAAGUGGCAUCGUUCCGACUUGAUUUUAUACGUAAGAUUAGGCCUGGACGAUAUAGAAAAAAAGCAUAUCGAUAAAAAAUAAAUCAUAUUGAUCGAUAUCGAUAAUUAUCGAUAUAAUUAUUAUAAUUAUUUAACAUAUAUUUUAAUUGCAGCCCUGGAUGUUUUAUGCUAUUGCUUAAUGACAUACUUUUAAUAAAGAACACACAAGCACUAAAAUCAAAUUCAAACCUUUAUUCAACCACCUUUUUAUUUAUUUUUUUACCACAACUGAAAGUUUUUUAAAAAAGAACUUAAAAAAAAAAAAGAAAUCAACUUAAGUGGCCUGAGUGACGUCAGUAAAUACUGACAAACAUAAAGACUAAAGUGACCAGAAAAUCUGAUAAAUAAAUAUUUAAAUAGUCUUUUGAUGAAAAUAAACAAAACAAACAAAUAUAUAAAUAAACAGAAUAGCUUUAGGUGGGAAUAGCAUACUACCAGUUUUAACUGUGUGGGAAACUGCCCACAGCCUGGUGUCUCCCGGGGUCGGGAGAUUUCUUUUUUUAAUUAUCAUAUGAUUGACUUAAUACGCAAACUGAGCACGAGAAGCAGGACUUAUCCACGCCGGUGUUGUGUCGUAGAAUGCACCCCUGCCGAACGCACCCCCUGCUAGUAGCCAUGAUCCAAAUACUCGCGUAUGAGCUCAUUUUCUUCCACUUUAAGAAGCUAAUGAGUGGACGGGAUGCAGGGGUGCAUUCUACAGCACAACACCGGAACAUAUUUCCUCCGCACCCUUCUCAGCUUUUCAACCCCUGACCCGUUUUCAUGCCUGAAGCGCUGUGUUUGAGAAAUACUUGCGGCCGGGCACUUCAUAUCGCGGGUCGAGAGUGGCUAGAAGCUGGUCGAAGCCAGGCUUUUCAACGGUAGUUAUUGGCAGCAUGUCACUGCAUAGGUGAUGUCCUUAUGCCGCUUGGACGCUUUGUCGUAUUUUGGCAAGAAACGAAGUCCAGUUUGGUCUGCUUCACAUGCUUUGUGCUGGUGCUGGCAGCGGUUCCAGAGGAUUCCUCCUCCGACGACGUGGAGCCGCGGCGCGGCCGACACAGCUCGUACUCCUGCGGGUGCGAUCGGUUUAGAUGGUAGAACAAGUUGGUUGUGUUACCAGACUUGGUUUUUACUAAUUCUCUGCAAAUUUUGCAAACGACCGCUGUUCGCUUUCUGUCAGACUUGUAAAAACCAAAACAUUGCCAUGUUGGUGAACUACUGAAACCUUUUUUCGGGACAAUUUCCUCCGCUUCUCCUUGCUGUAACAUUUUUUCUAAUACACGUGCUGUCUGUUGUGGUUUGAGAGGGGCUGGGCUUGGUGCUGUAGCGUACCUGGGUCUGCGUUUGUGAUUGGUUGGGAGGAAGUAAUGACUGUAGUAAAAGCUACAUGAUAGGCUAUGAUGAAAAAGAAAGGGAAACUGUGUUUUUCUAUCGAACUUUUUAUCGACCCGUUUUUUUUCUAUCGCACCACACGUCUAUCGAUCGAUAUAUAUUGUUAUCGAAUUAUCGUCCAGCACUACGUAAGAUCUGAUCUUACUGUCCUCAAUUUCUCCCACUUUAAUGAAAGCCUUCAACUCGGUCAGCUAGCUGGGUAAUCUGCUGCCUGUUUCAGUGCUCAUUACCCCAGCUGUCAUUCAGAAUCACAUGGCUAAACCAGAAGCCGCCAAGAAGAAUGUCUGGAUGCCAAUAAAUCGCUCUGCUUCCCCACUCACCACCAGCAGCCUUUAUAUUUGAACAAACCUUUCAAUGGAUCUUAUUUGGAUGCAAAGCCUGCGUCAUUACCUGACAAAACAAGCAGCCAGAGGCUUAAGGCUACGGGCCUUUAAUUGAUCCUGUCUGUGAAUGGCAGCCCUUGAUCUGAAGGGACUAGUUUUAGCAGUGUCCUCACUUCUUACAGCCUGUGUGCCUGGAAUAUGACCUUGUCAUUUUGAAGGCCUCUUUGUCUAAUGAGUUUACUGUUCGCGACAACAAAAGCAGUCUCUUAUUUUGUCCUUUUGAUGUUAAACAGCAGCAGAAUAAAUUAGCCAACGCAUUGAUGAAGUCAAAAAGCAGCAGAGUUUGCUUUGAAAUGUGCAAAAUAUAGAAGCUCAAUUUUCUGUCAUUACCAUCACUUCUCAUCUCAACAAUAUCAGAGAGUCUGUUCUCACUCUGUUGCUAAAAAGGAGGAGGGAGUGUGAUGAUAUAAUCAGAUCAGCUGUUCUCGCAGCACUUGCAGUCAGGCUACUCUCAGUUUAUAAUUCCCUACUUGUUGUUAGCACUUUUGAGUAUUUCAUUUUGGAAAUUAGCACAUGCACACACAUACAAGCUCACAAUGAAUGCAGGGUUUCUAAGCUGUGUUGAUCAGGCCUGGGAAUAAACAUCAGGAACAGAGUGGGAUGAAGUCAAACAAAAUAUUGCACCGCAACCCUGAUCAAUAGAAAACACACAAAGAUAUCAGGCUGUUUGUCACAGAAGGGUAUUAUACCAUAUUGCAUUAUUUAUUAGAGAGCUUUUUGGCCCCUCAAUACUUUUUUAAAUAUUUAGUUAUCUGCUGAUAUGGAGACCCGAUUCAGUACUUCUAUUUGCUGAUAUGAUGUAACUUCUCCACUAGAAAACUGGUGAACAUGCAGUACUGUACACUUAAUCUGUAAGCUAUAUGUAUUAUCAAUAAGACUGAUUAUUAUGAUCACACAGAGCCACUUUUUCUAAAUUCUCGUGUCAUGAAAUUUUAUGAUCUGUUUUAUUCUAAAAUAAUGCAAAUUAUGUUUAGGGAAAAAUCAAAAAUGCUCCUUUACUCAAUACAGAAGUUCUUUUCAAUUCAGGACAGUCUGUAUAAUCUCAGAGGUGCUUGCAAAUUUACUGUACAAAAAGCUAAAAAAGGUAUGAAAAGGAGAUGUGUCUCCAUUACUGGAGUUAAAUUCUGGAAUGAUGCCAACACAAAUCUAAAAACGUCAUUCUUUUUUAGUUUUUAAGAAAAUGGUUUGUAGAGCUAUUUUUGAAGCUAAGUGCGAUUAAUUGUCUGUUGUUGUGGUUUCUUUGCUUUUCUGGAGGUCGGUAGUCUAAAAAGUUGACAAUACGAGCUUUUAUAAGCAGUCUGCUUCUGCCUCUGCCUUUUUAGUCAAUAUUCAACACAUAAUUCUUGAUUUAGUGAUUUAGUGUGAAAUGUCAAUAUUGUGAACAGUAUUUGGUGUUGUCAUGACUGAAUAAACAACUACUACUACUACCACUAUGUUCUUUACUGUACAGCUCUUGUAAGGUGGCGUCUGAUAUGUAGUAUUGAGAGGGUAAGAUAAACACCGGAUCCAAAGGCUCUAAAUGAUGUCAAAAACCUCAAACCACAUUUAAAUUCUGCUUCAGAUUAUACCCAGUUCAUAUCAGCUGAUGUAAUCAAGCAGGGUGAGAUGAUCAGCUCUGAUAGCCGAUCCUCAAUCAGUUAAAAAUGCCCGGUCCAACUCUGAGAUCAAGAUCUGGACAUCCUAAUUUUUUGAGUGUUGGUUUUUGAAUUAAAAUCUAAAAUCUUUCAUUAUUUAUUUCCUUCAAAUGUUUCUCACUCAAUAAGACUGCACGCACUCAGAAAUAAGGUUUGAAAUGUACAUGAAUAGUGUCUUAUAUCCUCAUAUAUCUUCAUAAAAACUCUCUUACUUAUAGCACUAUUAUUGUUGAUUGAUUUUAACCCAUUUUUCCCCCUGCUGCAGAUUAUCCUGGCUUUCUGUUGGGUCUACAUCCGUAAAUUUCAAAGUCGCCAGGAGAGUGAAGUUGUUUCUACUAUCACAGCAAUAUGUGCACUGGCCAUUGCUCUGAUAACAUCUGCGCUCCUACCGGUGGAUAUAUUCCUUGUUUCAUUUAUGAAGUAUCCCAAUGGCACCUAUAAGGUAAGUAUCUCUUCAUAUCACACGGCAUCAUUAAAAUCUAUUUGAAAAUGCUAAUUACUUCCCAGAGGCAGCGUUUAACUUUGCUUUUCAAAGAAUUACAUCAACUGGAGGCUUUUUCUGUCCAGUUUAAAAGCUCAAUCCAUUUCUUGGCUCAUUAGCUUUUUGCCAAGUCGUUACAUUUGCUCCAUAUAUUUGACGGUUUAGCAAAGUGUGUACUGAUAUCUGUAUUUGAACUACAGGUAGUCAGCAGCUUUUUGUGGAGUGGGAUUGUAUUUAUUAUUGUUUGGCACCAGUGAGUCAUAGCCACCUUGUUAUGGCUGGACUUAUUACCAACAUAAUCCCUCUAGUUUGAUGAAAGACAUUUUCCUCUUUCGGUGCUCUCUUAAUUGUUAAACCCUGUGAUAUAAACAUUAAAAAAAGGAAAAAAUAGAGGGAUGUUAGCGCUGCUUUCUGAUAGGAAAAGAGCAUCUGAGCACGACUGAAAGUGGUUGAAAUAAUGGCAAUACAGCAACUGACAGAAAUGACCCAAGCGUUUUCCUUUGGAGCUGUUAUGUUAUAAAAACAACAUCCGACUUUGAAUCUUUUUCGCAGCUUUUCACAGCUUUUAUUUUUUCCGUUUGACAUGUUUUGCAGUUAAAUGUAGGAAACGGAAGUUUAUGAUGAUGGACAACAUUCUGAACCCUUGCAUGAAUAAAAAUAGAUUUAGACAAAGGUGUGAUAGCUUUGAAUUUUUCCCCCUCCAGUAUGUCAGAUUCUUGCAUCAUUCUCUUUAACAUCUAAACUCAGUUUAUAAAGCAAGCUAAAUAGAACUGCUGGAGCAUUGUAAUUGCCUUGUAUUCUUAACAGUUUGGCAAGUAUCCUUUCUAGGGUGUUAGAUUCAAAUGUUAAACUGUGUUUUUUUUUAUAUAAAAUUCUUAUUAUUGUACAAUAAUCAAAUAAUUAACAGAUUAGUGAAAUAAACAGAAAAAAACACCAUACUUUCUGUGUUGGUGAUAAUUAUCCUCACUUUAUAGUCUGUCAUCUUACUGAUGCAUGUUCUUCUUGAUCAUUUUACUUGUGUUUUUUCUUUACUGCUGGAUUUAACUCUAACUUUUCUCCUUGGGUUACAUUCAGGAAUGGGCAUCAAACAAUGUGACAAGAGGCCAGAUUGAAGACACUGUGCUGUACGGAUAUUACAGUAAGUGUCUUCUGUUUAUUCCUGUUUAAGAGAGUGUAAAUAAUAAAUCACUGGGUACACAAAAUCUUAACUUGGGAGGAUUUAUAGUCAAAUUGAAUCUCUCUCUUUCUCUGAGCCUUUUUGAGUUGAGCUAAUUUUGAGCUGUCAUGAUAAGAGUGCUUCACCAAACUCUUAUAAUUUCAACCACAGCUCCCCUAUCAAAUUGAUGACAUAGUCAGUUUGUUUCCACAACACCUGGGGCUCGACACACCCACGCAACAAUCCAUGUGGGCUCAGUAGUCAAACAUUGAGAUUUAUAAUGGCUCAUUGUUACACAACAGUAAAAUUCACAACAUAUUCUCAGGCAGCAUCUCGGCACCUUGUUCUGCACAUCCCACCUGCUCUUGAACAGUUUUAUUUAGACUGUCAUACUGAUACCGUUUAUUAAAAAACCCAGGAUAUCAUUAAAUGAUCUGAGAACAGUCGCAGGCUUAAGAAAAUACUAAAUGGGUAAAAAAAAAAAACAUUGCUUUCACUCACCGUGUUCCAACAUUGCAAUUAAAUAUCACUGGCAGCCCCCGUGGAAAUAAUAAAUAUCAAUUCUAAAAGUUAUUUCAAUGGACAGACAGAACCAUUAAUUUUCCGUCAGAUGCAGCAGGCAGAGAUAUCCAACAUUUUUAAGUCUUUCUUGUCAAACUGCCCUCUGUGGAUAUUGAAAUGAAUGGAAUUUGUCAGACAGCAGGCAACACUUAUCAAUGAUAUGUGUCCACCAAAAAUUAAAUUUACCGUUUCAGUUUAGAUUUGCUGAAAUGUUUCUUCUAAAUGUAACUUGUGCUGUCUUUAGAGCACAUUCAAUGUUCCCAUCUUAAACUGAUACUGAUGAACACAAAGUACUAGGAUUUGUCUGAACCUUAUAUAAACCUCACUGAAACAUUAAUGUCUGUGUUUUUCUGAUGGGUCAUGAUCAUUAUAUUCAUUACAUUUUCUUCGACUGGUCGCUGUGUUAAGAUCUUGCUUUUGCUGCCCUGAGAUAUUGCCCUUAUGCAUUAUAAAUACUGCAAAUGUUAAUACAUAACAUGUAAGUGGGUUUUAACAUAACCUUGCAUUUCAGUGCAUGUAUGAUGUACACUUGCGUCAUGGAACAGUGUUUUUAUGUGUCAAAAUUUUUUUUUUUUUUUUUGGUUUGUUUUUUGCUGGACCUUUGCUGAAUCGCAGCAAUGACUUAUUUUCCCAAAGAGAAAACUUAGGAGGCUGUGGAAAUGUCAAUAAUUUGAUUUGAUGGUUUGCAAAUUAUUCAAACCCUACUAUCCUAUUACUUGAAAAAUUGUGCUGUUCUGUUCAGGGUCAACAAAACAUUGGAAAUAGUUCAGUAAUGCAAAACAAACAAACAAAAAAACCUUUAAACUAAUUUGGUUUGCAAAGGACAUCCAAAAACCAUUGUCAGUGAACACAUAUUACUUCUGCGCCCACAAAUGGAGAUUAAAACUUGACCAUGAAAAAAGGAAACUAUGAUCCAGUCAUACAGGCUGCUUUUCUGGACCUGUUAAAGAUGGACAAAGAUAAUAGUCCAAAUGCAGGUUUUGGAGUAUGCGGCCAUUUAGACAAUGCCUAGUGUAUUUCAGCAAAACAAAGUCAAACUACCUUUUGUAUGAAUUACAACAACCCCAAACUUUAAGCAGCAGACAUCCUGCAUUAGGCGAAUUUCAUUUUCAAAACUCCAGAAAUUUCAAACAAUGUCAAACAGUUAACCUCAGUCCUGUUUUUAACUUUUGCUGGCAUCAAAAUUUAAAAUAAGAAUUUUUCAUCAAACAGAAUUUUCCAGGUUCAACAUUUGAUAUAUUUUUGCACUAUUUUCAAUUAAAUUGAGGAUUUAAACUAUUUGCAGACCAUCAGAUUCUGUUUCAUUUUUACACGUUAUAACUCUCAAAGUUAAGGCUGUGAAACUGGAUCAUCAAAGUGGGGUUGAGAGUAGUUAAAAUACUCUUCCUUUGAUUUCAUUGUUGGUCUAAUGUUUGUUGAUCACUGACUCAGAGAGGAGUCAGUGCUGAGGGUUUAUUUGUUCCCUUUACAGGUUUAACUUUUUUGUGAUGCAGAAGCCUGUACAGACUUUUAAAAAUUUUGUCCUGCUCUCCUAUUAGUUUUUGAAUGACAGCUUUAUCAUUUUUAUUGGUUUCUGAAAUAAGUUGGUCUUGUGUAAUUCCAGCAUAUCUCAGUCUGGCUGUAACCUGAGUUGAAGUCUAAUUAGGGUGUAUGAAAACACCUGAGUGUGGAGAGCAAAAGUUUUGCAUGCAGACCAUAAGUUCUGCACAAAGGACUGUUUGGUGAUUGGCAGAUGAGUUUUCAAGAACCUGUUCUCAUCCCAACAUAGGAUAGAAAAUGGAUUAUUUCAGAGGCAUUGUAUUUUGUUGUUGACUGAACUAGGUCUGAGUGAUUUGUGCGCUGGCUUUACAGGUGCAGAAGUUUACUCUCUUAUGUCCCCCACCUUCAGUCAAGUUGAAAAUCGCUCAGCUGUCGACUUCUGUUGAGUGUUCCAGCUGUUGUUUUAUAAUUCUGAGUGUAGAAGUGGGCUGACUCAACAAACCGGCUCGCCAAAGUUGAUCUAACACACACUGAAAAAAGAGAUUUUGUUAAUUUAUCAUUCUUUAUUCUCUUCAAUGCCUGUACUGCUUUUGUAAAAAACAAAGGUCUGUUUCCAUCUGAGCAGUCAUUCAAUUGUUUCUUUCCUUUAUUUCACUCUAAAAACAAAGCAACAAGCAUCACACAGUGUAAAUAUAAAUGUCUGUUUGAUGUGGUUUCUAUGAAGCGGUUGUCACAGUGAGCUUUUAGUGAGAUUGUAACAUUUCACUCUCAAGUCUUUUUGGAUUUGACUUUGGCACAGUCUUGUUUCAUUCUGUUGUUCGGAGGAGGGCAGGUCCAGUCCCCAAGGAUCACUCCAUAAUUCUAGUUUUGUGCAUGGUUGCAUUUCAUGAAGACAGUAUCCAGGCUGUUUGUCUGAUAAAUUGCCAACCCAAAGCUAUUAGUGCCACUGAAAUAUCUCGUUGAUUGUCAUAUUAGGCGAUAACACGAGUUUGUUGUCUUUGACGAUAGCAAAUUCAGUCAUAGCAGAGACACUAGAUCACACGUUUUCUAACAGAUGCUGGCUUAAAGUGCCUGUCAGCAACACUGUUAUGUACCGUCUGUUCAGAAAUGCCAAAUGCAAGGAAGACAAGCUGUCUCCUUUCCCAGACAGCCCAAUCAAAGAAACCUCCUCCACUGGUGAUGUGACAUCAGAAAAUUGCCUUUCAUGGACCAAGAACUCUGCAAGUGUAUCCAGCAUUCAAGGGGACAAAGUUUAUUUUACUCCAGACUAACAACGAACGAGUCUACCUUUUGAAGUGCCUGUACCAAUACUGAUAAUUGAUAUCAAUACUGGAGCUGAUACCAGUAUAACAUAAACAACCUCGACUGAGAAUUAGGUUUUUAAACUUUGUGAAGCCAAAUGACGUAGAUAAACCUUUUUAUUCCAUGUGACUGUUAUUACUUAUCAAUGAAAUUAUGAUUGUGUACCUACAGUUUUAUAAGCAAAUCAUCAAAUAAGAGAAUAUUGCUGGUUUUAAUGGACAACAAGAAGAAAAAAGCAAAGCAAAUAGAGAAGCAACAACUUGCAGUCAUUCAGCUGGAGUUGUCAGGUUUAAGGAAACAGGUCUGGGACACUACUUUUUCAAAGAUGCCACUUUGAAACCAUACCCAUAGAUAUCGCCUCUUUCUCCUCAAAUGAUGCUUGUCAGUCUAGUUAGUCUCCGACCAGGAACGAUCAAAUUAGCUUGAUGCUUUGCAAGAUUAGUUUUCCAUGUAGUAAAUUGUACAAACCUAGGGGUGGGAGAAAAAAAUUGAUACAGCAUACUAUCACAAUAUUUUGUCUGGUGAUAUAUCGUAUCGCCUCGUUUACCAAGUAUUGUUUUUUCAAAUUGAUUGCUAAUAUUAAGUCAAAUCUACGAUAAUGGAAAAAUAAAAUAAACUUUGUCCUGUGAGGUUGGCAGAGGUGACAUCAUAGAGCAGUGUGCAACAAAUAUAUAUAUAAGGUUUGUGAGAUGUGCUACAUGAAAAUGAAAUACAUCGUAAUUAAGACAAACAUAAAGGAAAGCCAAACGCUAAAUUAGCUUAACAAUUGAAAAAAUCUAAUAAAUUGCAAUAUAUUGUAUUGCAAUACUCUCUGUAUUGCAAAAUGUAAAAAAUUGCAAUAAUGUCGUAUCGUGGCCCAAGUAUCGUGAUAAUAUUGUAUCCUGGGGCCACUGUAUCGUAUGUAUUGGUGAUGUAGCUACAUGCAUGGUAGUUGUAAACAUAGAGACGCAUAGAAUCAGAUUAAAUAGAUCCGUCCUAAUGGAUUCUCUGUUACUGAAACUCUGUCUAGCUCUUUCAGUCAGUAUCUGUUAUGAGCAUUAGAUUGGCACAUCCCUACUCCACACCCACAAGUAUGAUUUCAUUCACUGCAUUGAUUCCCUUUUUUAAUGACCCAUGGUUUGGAAUAUGGACCUCAUUAAACAGGACCUUAGAAAAAUAAUAACCCUGCAAGUCUAAUCAUGAAUGCAGGCUGUGUCCUGUCACUUUUCAUUAUCAAGCCAAACUGCCUUGAAAACAUGAUGAUGGGGCAACAUCGACACUCAAGAAAUAUGUCACACAGCAAAGUCAAAGUACAAAGUUGAUGUAGAAAUUGACUGAAAAUGUUACAGAGACCCUUUUAUUGGAAAAAGCCUCUGAUUGUGAAUGCAGCACCUCAUUUUCUGCAAGUCAUGCUCUGCCCUUUUCUGUCUUAUUCCCCUCUCAAUAACUUGAAUUUCAUUGUGCGUUAACGAGGCAUUAUAACACAAAUGUACCAUUCACAGAACUGAGGGGAUUCAGUGUUUCACAUGUUAGCUCCCUUAUCCAGCUAAGAAAUCGCAGACAUCUGAAGAAUCUGCUCUCGAGGAGUUAUGGUAGAGCUUAUUGAGAGGCUUGAAUGAUUUUGCCUCUUGCCUCGAGCAUGUGUGUGUGUGAUCAUAGCUCUGGGAGUGUGCGGUGCAGAAUGAUCAGCUUACAAAUUUGUUGUGGGCAUGUAACCUUUGGCUGUUGAUAAGGAAGUUUGAGUGCUUAAUAUGCUGCCUGGCACACAGAAAUCACGGCCUUGCGGCUGUGAUUGAUAUUGUGCUCAGUUCCUCAGGUGCAGGAUGUUUUUUUGGGUGAAAAUAGAGAAGAUUAAGAACCCCAAAUGCAUUCCAGUUUUAUAGGUACCAGCUUCGAAUGACCCAUCACUAAGCGCAGAAUGGGUUUCUCAGGUCUUUGCAUUUAUUGUUAUGAUAGGUUUUGAAGUAGCGUUUAAGUGCAGGAAUUCAUCUUUUAGACUGUAGGUUUUUAUUUUAGUGAUGCAUCGAGGAUUUUUACAGGUUUGAUCCAGAUCAGAUGCCUUGCCUUUUGCAAGUUAAAUACUUAAGAGAAGAGCGUUGUAGGACAGUGCUGCACUCAAGAUUGUUUUUUGAAAAUCAAAUGGGAUUCAUGAUGAUGAUCCGCGCAGUGAAUGGAUGUUUGUGAAGAUGACAGUAUAAAAGGACUGUGUACAGAGGCAGAGUAGAGUCAUACUUUGCUAUGUGCUCAUUUUAAAAAUACACUAAAUCUAAUUUUAGCUGCUUAUCGUCUCACUGUGCUGCUGUUUUGUUAUUUAUAUAGGACUGAAGGCUUUUUCCCCUGCAUUUUCAGGGCCUUCGGGUUUUUGUUUGCCAGUAGGUGGAGACCAAGCUCCAUGUGUGUUGUGUUCACACUGUGCUUACAGAUAAAACCUUGCAUUAAAGUUGUAUUUACUCUAAUGCCAUAUCUGACAGCACUGUCCCCUUGUCUCCUCACAAACUGAAUAAUUACAGGCUUGAUGUAAAGAUUUCUUGUUUCUUCACUUGAGCUUUUCUGGAUGGUAGAUUGAUUUGUAUUCAGGGGUGAUCACAGUUAAUAAACAUGUGUAUGUCCAGUGAUUUUCGAGAACCCUCUCUAGUAUUUGCUGGAUGUUUGAAAUGAUUUAAUUGCCUUGAAGAGCUGUCACGCAUCACCAGAAAUAUAAAGGUUUCACCCCGUGUUUAUUCAAACCCAUGUUUGACAUUGUGAAUAUUUCUGCAGCUGUUUUGAUUGAUUGAGUAAAAAAGAUGUAAAGAAAAGGCAAAGUGGUUGAUUGUACAGUUGCAGGCAGGCAUUAAAAACACAUAGAAAACAAAAAAAAAAGAACUACAAAAAAAAACUGAAUACAACUCAUUCUUACCUUUUUACUAUUAAUUAGUAAUAGUGUAUUAUUUAGAUGUAUUUUUGAUAUAUAUCCACACUGUUACUUAUUUGUUUGACUUGUUCUUAGUUAUAUUAACUUCAUAUAUUUGUCUAACAGCAGGAUUUAAACUUAAAACAAAAUAGUCAUCUUAACUAGGAAUGCAUGUUAUUGGAUUUUUGCAUUAAAAAGAUGUUUUUAAGCUUUUAUCUGCUGACCAAUAUAAUGUUGAUAAAAACAGAGCUGCAUCUUGGCUCUUCUCUUACCAAGCCAUAAUGUUGUAAAUAGGGCUGUCACAAUAUGAUAUUGAUAUCGGUUAUCAGAUAUCGGUCCGAUAUAGGCCAAAAAACAAAUAUCCGAUUAUAUCGGCCUGCAUCUAAAAUCUCCGGUAUUAGCACUCCGAUACAAGCAGUCCAUUCCGGACUCCAAUCUAGCAACUCUAGCUAGCAGCGCUUGGAUCCAGCAUGCAGAACAUACGUGAUCACAACAACAGUGUGUACAAAGGUACUAACAAAGUAGCAAAGAGAAGGAGUGAUGUCGGCUGUGUGGCAGCAUUUUUCGUUAAAGUCCGAAAAAGAAGUUGCAACUGAGUGCAAAACUUGUCUUGUGCAAGUUUGUGCCAAUAUCGGCCGAUGCUGAAGGCUAUAAUAUCGGUAUCGUAUUGGAAGUAAAAAAGUUGUAUCGGGACACUCCUAAUUGUAAUACAUGCAAAAUAUAGUUUCUAUUCUUUUUUAUAAUCUACACCUAUUUUGAGUACAAUAAAGGUCAACAAAGCUGUAGAAUUACCUGGUGGAGUCUUAGAAGAGCUGACGCCUUUGCGUUGUAAUUAUAACAAACCUGCACAUUGCUGUUAUCAUUAAUAUGCGCGUGUUGUAUUUUAAUUGAUUCAUUAGGUUGAUUGAGUCUAUGAAGUCAAACAGCAUCAGUGGGGGUUAGUAACAUUAUCACACUGAAUGGUUUGUUUACAUCUGUGCGGUUGUGUUUUUGAGGCGUUAUGUCUGGUGUCAAGUUGUGCUGUUUGUCAGAAUCUUUGUCUCAUGAUAGCUACAGUAAACAAAGGCAGUACCAUGAGUAGGUGAAGUAAAUACAUCUCAGUUAUGUAACAUCUCCAACAUUUAUUUGCAUGAACAUGGGACCAACAUGUCAUAGGUGAGUGUAAAUUGUGUUGGAGGCAAUAAUCAGCUGUUUUUGUGCAGUUUCUGCACAAUUGUGUGUAGCUUAUAAGAUGUAUCGUCAACUUGACAGUGGAGGAUGCAGGAUGUAACUCAGACUCCCACUUCCUUUUAGAGCCCAAAUAGCUUUUUGUGAUCUUCCACGAACCCUCAGUUUGAAAGCCUGGCCUUUCAAUCUUCAGCCUCUGUCCAUUUAUACAUUUCCUCGGACGGCUCAGUACUUCAAAGCAGUGGUGCAUAAGGCCCUUAAGCAACAGGGCAAAAUACCCCUAGGCCCUUUGAAUAAAUCAUUGGCCUUCUCUGUGCCAUUUUUAUCGCCAUUUGUAGAGAAGAAGCUAGAGAGGAUGUAACCUUCUUGUAAAUACACUGCAACUACUUUUGUUGUGUCUGUGAUUCUUGUCCAGCUACAUGUGCUCAGUGAAUUUUAUUGGAAAGUGGUAGCCUAGUGCUUCUUUUAAGAGCAUUCAGUAAAAACCUUGACAAAUUGCUGUUUUAUUUUGGGGGACAGCUCUGUGUGCUACUAAGAGGCAUUCAGUGAUAAGAGCAUUGACCAGUGUGCAUAAGGAACAAAAGGCACUUUUUUCCCCCUCAGUGUGCAAAACCAAAACCCAUGCCUCAUCGCUUCUGCCUUUGUUAAACUCUAAAUUUUAUAAAAAGAGGUUCUGGCUUUUGAAAUUUUGAGCCAGAAGUUACUCCCCAGUGGUAAAAGCUUCUCUCAAAAGAAAAUACAUGAACACUGGAGCUAAUCCUGAAUUUACUGAGACGAAGCUGCAUGGUGACAAAGAAGACCGUGUGUCUGCUGUGACAUUUUUCUUGAUUACAAACAAGGUUAUAAAAGUCAUCUCAUUAAAGGUGAAUUUACCAAAAGGUGCAUUUUAGGGUCACAACAUUCACUUUGGAAACAAAGUUACUGCUACUUAUAUUUCUCAAUAACUUUUAAAUAUUAGUACCUCAAAAAUCUUUGGCAAUUUCUUUUUUAAAACAAGUAUAAGACUGAUUUUUUCUAGUUAAUCCUGAUUCUGAUGUGUAGGGAUGUAUUACUUAAAUGAAUAUAUAACUUUAAAUAGUCACCAAUGGGAUACAGUAAUCAGGGGAAACAGUCAUUAGUAUGCUGGAAAAUAUUAAAACUGUGUAAUGUCACAACACUCUGUCUUUAUUUCUUACUCUAUAUUAUACCACUUUGUCCAGUGUUCAGCUCUAAGUUUAGGCUUAAUGAAGGAUUGCUAUUUCAGACCAAGCUAGGUAUGAACACGAGGUUGACCGUUCUUGUUUUUUUUUCAGGGCUAUUACUGACUACUUAAAGUUCAUCAGACCAAUAACUCGUGUUGGGGAACUGAUGACCAUUUAGAGUAAAAACAACAAAAUCUUCCUGUCAAAAUUUAGACUUCGAAGGCCUACGAACCCCAACAUUUCACUUUGUUUGAAUGCACCUUGGCAAUCUUUGAUAAAAACUGGAACUUUGAACAUCAUAAACAUGAGUUGAGUUCACAACCAACAUUAAAGUUAUGUAGCACAGGUGUGUGACAUCUAGCCAAUCAGAUAGUGUUGUGGACGGGACAUUAGUUAGGGUAGGGAGUGCAAACUGUUAACUGAUUAAUUUUUUGGCCUUCUACAAAAUAAAAUGCCACUAGAGAUAUCGUCCUCGACAGUCGGCUAAGGUCUAUCCCCAGUUUGCACGUCAAACUGUGUUUGCUCUGUGUUUCACAAGCCCGAGUCCUUAUCCUCCAGAGUCCAGGUCAAGCCACAAAGCCUAAGAAAUAAGGACUAGAGUGGAAAUAAGGUCUGAAGGUCUUUGGACACUGAGUCUGUUUUAUUUUUCUGAAAUUGUUGUAUGUUUAUAAAGAAAAUCAACAUCAUUGUGACAAUCAUGUUCACACACUGACCUUGAAACUUUGGUCUAUAAGUAUUUUUCCAGAGCAAAUUCAAUUUUGGGCAGGUUUUUUUUUUUUUUUUGCUGUUGUUGUUUUUUGCAAUCAUUGCACCGUUGAUGUUUUUUGAAUAUCUACAGAUCAGGGUGUCUUUGCACAGUUUUUCAAUGACACCUAUUUAAGUGGAAGUGAUAAUUCUGCAGCUUCUCAGCAGAUGAAACUUUUCUUACUCCCCUCUUUUCACCAGAACCGGAUGAACCCAGUGUUUUCUUGUCCUUCACUUACGAGUCAAAGAACUGAAAAUUCUCUUUAGCCUCUUGAUGACAUGACACUGAUGAUGUUUUUUUUCCACUGCGAAUUUUCACAUCAAAUAGAAACUUGGUGUGCAGAGACCUUGAGUGUUAGAACUGUAUACAGCACUGACCAUCAGUCUUUGAUGAAUCAAACCUUAUUUCAUUCAGAUACUGUGAGCCAAGUCCAGCCUUUUACUGGCAAUAAUGUUAAUAAACGUGAAUAUGCUCAUAAAUGAGUAAAUGUGUGCAAAGAUAAUUACUGAAGGUAAUUUACUUACUUUCCUCUAUCAAACAAGCUGCAUCAUGUGAAAUUUACACAUUAUUAAUUACAGAUAACUCUCUAUAUUUAACACUUAUCCAGUCAUACUUUAACAUCAGUAAUUAUAAAACCAUCUUUUGAGUUCAAUAAGUUCACUUGCUUGUUAAAGCAGAACUGUGAUGCUGCCUUCAUAAUAAAGGAGCUGAAAAAAAGCGAUAGAGUUAAAUAUAAUACAUCAACUCUCCCACUGUCGCUUGAAAUCCAUCAUAUGCUAUGUUGAUUAUUGUUUCAUUGACAGUUCCUCUUCCAGAAGGCUAAAAAUAACCUCUCUAUGUCUAGCUGUUGACAAAUAAUGCAUAAAUGUCAUCACUUCAUGAUGAACGUCCCCAUUACUGCACAAAGCCCCAAUAAGAGGAUUUGGAGGAUGGAAACAAACUCAGAAAAAUGAAGACACUUUCUCUCCUGAUAUGAAUUCAUUUUCACAUUACUGUAUUUAAAGAGUCCUUCAAUUUACCCAGAGAGAAGAGCAUUUAGUUUCUGCAUCAUAAACAGCAUAUUGUGAAUAAAAACAACAACAAUAUAACCCGCUCUGCAUACUUUGGAAAACUGUAUUUAAACAGCAGCAAGUUCCUGCACAAAAUUAAUUAAUAAUUCUCGUCUUUGCAUCCAUGUUCAACCCCGUAAUGCUCCUCAAAGAACAAGUGAGAAAUGUUUGCUGAGCAUGGAUGUAAGCGGUGCAGAUCUUGAACAGACAUAUUGUUGACUUACAGUGUAAAAACUGCAUCCACUAAGCUUUUACUCGUUCUGUAUCUGCCGUCAGGUGGCAUGGUGCCUCAUGUUUAACAAAACAAAACAAAAGACAUUUGUAUUCCAUGAACUUUUCUCCUGGGGAGGUUUUGCUCAGCGAAGCUACAGAUGUCAAUGUUUAACACACACACCGGUCUUCUGGAUCAAGAACCAUUUUAAUAAUUUGGUACAAAAAGAUGUUCUUUCUCUUAAGAAGUUCUUCCAUAUCAGCUCACUAUUCAUGUCUUUCAAAGCCACUCUUUGAAAUUGAUGUUCCCCACUUCCUGCGACAAAGGGACAAGGAGCCCUGUGGAGUCCAUUUGUCCUACUUGAAUUUUUUUUUCUAACCCCAAAACCUCACUAUGGAUGUGUGAAAUGAAAUAAAAUGGUAGAGAAUGACUGCAGGCUUCCUCCCUUUGUAACUAGGUUAGAUGCAUUAGCAUAUUACAUAUGUGUUUCCUGUAAGAUCAGAGCAUGCUUCAAACUCUGGUGAUGGCAAAUGAAACCAGAGUAGGUGUGCAAAAAUCUGCAGUUCCUGAAGUGUCCACUUGAGGCUCUACAAGCCACAGAAACUCAUUUAGAGGACAUAAAUAAAUGCUCAUUUUUUACAGUAAAAUUAAACUUUCUGGUUUCAUACCUCAAUGGAGCUAAAUAGUGCAGCAUACACUCAACCUCAAGCAGGAUGUUGACAUGGAUAAAACCUCAAGUACACUUAGUCUUGGACAUUUUUUUGUUUUAAAGGGUAAAAUACAACAACACUCAAAGUAAGUGCACUCUUGCUAAAGAACAAUAGGCUCAUCGAGUCCGUUUAUUUUGUUUCUGAAGCAGCAUUCAGAGUGUAACCACUCAUUUUAGUCAUAAAUAUCUGGUACUUAAAUCAUUAAUAAAUACCUCAAGUUAAGAAUUUUUUAAUUAAAAGGUAAUGAGUCUUUUUUAUGCUUCACAUCAGAGUCCCCUUUGAGUCAAAAACUGCACAAGACUUAAAGAAUACCUUAAAAAAGCUAACAACAGCCAGCCCUUAAGGCUUCAUAAGCUUACUAAGAUCUCUGCAAACAUCUGUUUACCCACCGCAUCCAGUCGCAACAGAGCAACAAAAGCAUCAUGCCCUUCAUACUACCUGCCAACUUUUACUCUUAUUUUCUCUAGUUUUUUUCAUCCCCAGGUUUGUCCUCCCCUCCCUGAAUCUGGUGCCACUUUUUCCCUGAUGUUUACAGGAUAUGAAAGUGCAAGCUCAAAGUGUCAUAGCUUUCAGCGAGUGUCGCUUCAGACAGGUAUUUUCAUCCGUCCCUCGAGUCUUUUGUCAGACAGUGAGUUCCUGCAAGAAAUCUCUUCUGGCAUUUAGUUUUCACAUAAAUUAUAUUACAGUUUGCCCGUCUAUGAGGCGGGCACAGGAGUCCAGGUGCUCGUGCCCUUGUGAUCUGCAGUGAGGUGAGGACAGAGGUUGGAUGUUUUCAUUAUGCCAUACAUGCUUCAGGGAGUCAAACAGCUUGGAUUGAUAGUCACUAAUGGUUAUAAUCAUCAAACAUGGCCAAAAUAAUUAUAACAACAUAAUGAGGUAGAACUAUUGCUUGUGUUGAUGUCCUGCCAUUGUUUUCCCAGCUGACAUCCAUUUGUGGACCAGGGUUUUCCAGCCGCUUCUCCCAUCAAUUCUCCAAAAUAUUUUAAUCAUAGAGCCUCCCCCCAUGAGGACACUGGAGUAUCUUCUCUAUAAUGAAGACCGCAGCUAUUUGAAGGGUUAAGGAAGGACUUUUAAUUAUUUAGCCCUCUCCUUUCUGUCAGAGGGAUAAAUGUGCAAACUUUUAUCCCUGGUCGGUCGGACAUUCUUCCCAGAAGAAGAUCUGCUUAGAGAGUAAUGGAUGCUCCAUGGUAAUGCAGAAUGACCUAUUCUCUCAGCACGUUAAUAUUCAUGGUGUUAUGAUUAAUUUUACCCAUUUCUUAAACCCACAGGCAUAUGCCAGUGGCUGCAUACUGUGCACGCUUUGCAUUUAUUGGCUGCUGGCAUCAUCUUAAACUCAGUUUGUCUGCCUGUAAAUGAGUGUAAAUGGAUACCUUAGUGGAGCAAUGAGCAUGUGUUUAUUGAAAGUAAUGCCCUGUCACUAUCACAGCUGGCAAAAAGCACACUAUAGCAGUGACAUUCAUUCGUCUGCAGACCAGAGAGCCUUUUCCUGAAAUAUAGUCCAUUUCACAGGGGGUUGGGGGGCGUGUGCCUCCCUCAGGCUAUGCAUCCUUGACUGAUAUGGAACAUUUGCUCUACACAUGAGCACUGCUGCUGCAACGUGGUACUGUCUAGUGUUAUGGAUUAAAUGUUAAUCAGGAGCAGGUUUUCAAUUUAUUUUUGAAGCGUUGUUGAUCACUAUAAUGGCACUGCUUUAGGCAUGUAUUUAGAUGUGGUUUCUCGCCCUUAAUCCAUCAAUGAUUUUCAAUCUAUGUUUCCGUUUUGUCUGACUUUGCAUUAAGGCUUGAGUAAAUAGAAAAGCGUCGCCAUCAGAAACAGUCGCAUUUUGGUCGCUGCUGCUCUAGUUCCUGCACAUUUUUUUUAAGCUGGGAUAGAAAUGCAACCUGUGAUAGAUACUCACAUUAUCGCCUCAAGGAAGUAUUGAGCUUUGUCAACCCUGUAGCUGAGCACAUCUUUGUGACAUGCUUUUUUCUCUGAGUUAUUUUGGGGCUGUCUUCAACGACAUCCAUUUUCUGGAAACAGAGAAGCCCCCCUGCUUGAAAUAGCAUCUCUCUCUAUUUAAGUGUUUUUGCCUCACCUCUACUCUAUGAAUUUCUAAUGCAUCCCAGUGUUGCUCCUUUCUCUUAAAAAAUGCCUGUACAGGAAAAACCAAAUAAAUACCAAAGUCUUGGAUCAGGGAACAGUUAGCUCUGUCACCAAAGACAGGUGAUGCUCUUUCACUUUAUUCAGAAGGUUCAGGACUUAGUUUAUUCAGUCGUUUUCAGGUGCAGGAGAAUUUCUUUCUUUCAGAGCGAAUGACCUGGUUUGUGACUCUGGUCUACAGCACUGUUACACACUAAAUAAAUGUAUUUGUUAUUGAACACUCAAGAUGAAAAUAAAAGUGAAAGCACAUUAGUCUUAGCUCACUCAAAAACAAGUAUUUUUCACAAAAGCUAUAACUGUUAGCAGUUGUGCAUUUCUUGUUUUUUGGGCACUUGUGUUCCCAAAAUGAAUCAUAUAGCUCAAAAAUGUUAACAAAAACAGAUCUCAGUGGUUUGAACUCCACUAUUUAAUUGAAACCAAUCCAAGGACAGCAUAUCAAAUGUUGAAUCUGAGAGGCAACACCUGAAAUACUGAAAAACUGUCUAGACCAGGCAUCUCCAAACUAUUCCACAAAGGGCCGGUGUGGCUGCAGGUUUUUCCUCCAACCAAGCAGCAGCACACCAGACUUGAUUCAUUUCAUUAACUGAUCUCAGUCUUCAGACAGUCUUCAGUCUUCAGACUGCGUGCUCUUGAUUGGUUGGAAGAUAAACCUGCAGCCACACCGGCCCUUUGUGGAAUAGUUUGGAGAUGCCUGGUCUAGAGUAUUUCAUUCUGCAUUAUUGGAGCCUUCCCAGGUGUGUAGGCCACCCAUACAUUCAGUCAUUUAAUGUAUCCUCAUACCAUCACAGAUACUGGCUUUUUAACUGUCCACAAAUAAACACUUAAGAGUGACUAAGCAGCAUCUGUGAUUUCCAAAAAUGUCAAAUUUUGAUUUGUCAGACUACAAGACUGUUUCCUUUCCAUCUUUAAUCGGCUCAGAGAAGUUUUAAGCCUUUCAGGAUCAUGUCUGAGUAUGGUUUCCAUUUUGCAUGGUGCAGUUUCAGUCUACACUUGUGAAUGUAGGAAGUGAUUUUAAGCCCUUGCAGGGAUUUCCCCCACAGAGCCAUGUAGGUUUUUAAUGUAGUGCCGCCUGAAGGCCUGAAGGUCAAUGCUGUCCAGUCACGGCUCUUGAUCUGGACCCUUCAGGAUUUUCUGCAUCUUUUAAUGAAUUCAUAAACUGAAGUCUGAAAUUCUCAGUGAUUACACCAAGGAACAUUAUUCUAAAAUUGCUGUCUCUCACAGAGUAGUAAAUUUCUUCCUGUCUCUACACCUGAGAUGCACGUGACGUUACUUUCCAGUAAUUACAAACAUUUUACAGAGAACCUGUUUUAUUGAACUUGGGGUUAGUACUAUUAAAAAUACAUCAGUAAGAAGAAAAAUUAUGUCCUAUCAAGGGAUCUGGACAUUGUCUUGCACUCUCACUCUUCUUUUGAAAUUAUGUUUAGACAAGUCCACAUAGAGAAGCAGUAAAAAAUGAAAAUAUGAAAAUAUUACCGGCUUAAUGAGGAGCUCUUUGUCUCUCCUGUUUUAUAUUAUCUCUUCUCAUAACACCACAAAGUGCUUCGCUUAACAAACCAGUUCAGCAAGUUUUGAAUUCAUACAUGUAAAGCUAUGCAAAGUGGCCCCUCAUUGCUUAAUGGGCCUCUCAUGAAAUAAUUAGCUUCAUUUUUCAAAACAUGUCAUAUUUGUACUACCUGCUGGGCCCAAAUGUCCACCAUACAACCCACGAGUCCUCAGUGUUAAGCUCCUCCUGAUGAAAACCAGCCCACAAACCGGCUUCAACACAAAGAGAGCUGUUAGUCUGAAAUGAUUAGAAACAUUGCUCCUCAAAUGCAGGGCCCUGUGGUCGGAUAUGCCACUGUUGUAAAAGAUGAGUAAUCUGGAUCAUCACACUGUGCGCACAGACCAGCUGUUUGUGUAGGAAAGUGGAGCACAAAACUCAAAGCAAUUAAAACAAUGAGCAAGAAAAGAAGUAAAUAUCUCUUCAGUCAGCCUUGACAGACGUCUGAACAUCACCUGAAGUGCUUCCAUGUCUUGGGACCUCAUUGUGCCCAAAAAUUGGAUUGUUUUGUGGUUUGUUAAAAACUCUUUUUUUAUUUAUCAACCUGGGUAUCCACUUCACUCCAGGGCUGAUAAGAAUUUCAAGGAUAGUAUGUUUUUUCAGUUGUGUUUUUAUGCACCACAAACAUCACUUUUAAAACAUAGAAGCUGAAUGUUUUUGUGUUCAAGGGUAGAUGAUUGUUUUCACCUAAUGUCAUAAGAAAAAGUCGUAGUCAGUGAAUGCCACUUUCUGUGAAAGAGUAUAAAUCACGAAGUGAUUAAACAUGAGUGAAGAAGGACCGUUUUUUGUUAUGCACUUUAAGGGAAAGUGCAUAGCAAUUUUGAGAAUAAAGUGGGUAAUUUAAGAAAAAAGCUGAACUUCAAAGUCAAGGGUGUAAAUUUGGUAUUUUGGAAAAAAAAAUCAAUUUUCAGAAAAAAAGUUUAAAAGUCAAGAAAAAGUGGUGACUCAGUUUAAAAUCAAUGUUUUUCAUGGAGAAAUCAAAGAAAUAUAGUUUUGAUAAAAAAAAAAAAUCUAUGGCUUCCAAGUGGUGACAGACUCUAUAAAACGUUCUGCAUCAGAGCUGUCGAUGCAUGUUUUUUUUUUACUCACCUGUACUGCAUUGUUCAUUGCUGUUUUGAAAUCAGAGUUUAGGAACCCUUUUUUUUAGGGUUAGGGACAGGCCUUUGAUUGUAGCCAGUCUAAGACACACCUGUGCAAUAAUCAUGCUGUCUAAUCAACCUCUUGAUAUGACACACCUGUGAGGUGAAUGGAUUAUCUCAGCAAAGGAGAAGUGUUCACUAACACAGACUUACACAAAUUUGUCAACACGAUUUGAGAGAAAUAGGUCUUUGUGUACAUAGGAAAAGUCUUACAUCUUUGAGUUCAGCUCAUGAAAAAUGAGAGCAAAAACAAAAGUGUUGCGUUUAUAUUUUUGGUCAGUGUAAGAAGAGGGCAGGGUUAAUUUCAACAGUGCUGCCAUGUAUUCUGAUCAUACAUUGACUUUUAACUAUGAGAAACCAAUACAAAAGCAGGCAAGAGCAAGUGUGUGUGAAGGAGCAUUUCGAUCUGGAAGUCUGACGUCAACAUUCAACAUUUGUGACUUUACUUUCAGUCUAAAACAAUGAAUUUAGUCCAUUUGUUUUCCUCCAAGAUAUUGAAUUUCAAAUUUAUAGUCAACACAAAGUUUAUUGACUUUUGUCUCAAAAUACAUUAUAAAAACUUAUCUUCCUCAUUUAACUAUUUUUUUCACAACUUGGCUCUUUUUUUACUCUGAAACAUAUUUUAAAUCCAAAACUAAAUUGUUUGCCCAGUUAAUGCCACUUAAACAGUGUUUUUCAGCACAUGUUAAGCAGAUGUAUGCAUGUUGUCAAGUCACAAAAAAGACUACUAGGAAAGAGAGGAGCACAGUGCUGUUUGAUGGGGUUUAAAGUCUAAUUUUAUUCUGUGAAGUAGAUCUUAAAUGUGUUGGAUUCGUCACAAACAUUUAUCUACAGAAGCCUAAAAGUUAUUUUGAUAUCAGUGUUUCUUGAUAAAUUAGUAAGUGAUCUCUGCCCCAGAUUUGCUCCACUGAAGUUUUCCAGGAAUGGGGUCAUGCUGUCUCAAAGUUUUCUUAAAAUCACACAGUACCAUCCAGCUCUGCUGAAGAGACAAAAACAGAGACUAUUUAGAGGUUGUUUAUUUGAACAACUGUUGACUCAUUUAGCUGUUCAAGGGAACAAUGAAGCAAACUUGAACUGUACUUCAUCAGAAAUGAGUGGGUCAUGUUACGAAAACAUGUGUUCCUGGAGUUUUUCUGGAGUGGGACAGAUAUUCAUUCCCUUUUCUUCUUUUGUAUCCCUGCAGCUCUUUACUCCAUCAUCCUGUUCUGUGUCUUCCUAUGGAUCCCCUUUGUUUACUUCUACUAUGAAGAACGGGAUGACGACAACGAGAACAAAUGCUCGGUAAGAAUUCAACCUUUCUCUUCUGCCUCUCUACACACAGCCUCUCUAACCUGCUCAGGAAUUCAAAUUUCAUUCAGAUGAUUCAGGUGCGGCUUAGGAAUAUGUUAAUGCAAGAAAGUCUGAAAUCAUUUAGGUUGAACCUCCAAGCUCGAGGCAACGUGAACCAAUUUGUUUGCACAAAUGGCAAUGAGAGCACAUUUCUCAUCUUUGACUGUGUUCACACAAAUCCCUUACUUUUCCCCUGAGUUUUUUUGGAAACUAAACCUCUCAAAACACACCCAGAUCAGCCUGUGUUAUCAGCUGAUUGCAGAUGUUGCAGCUGAUGGUUAUUUUCCCCCUGUAAUCUUGCUUUAAAUGUUUUGGCUGCAGAUUUUUUGCCUCUUUCAAAUACUGAUUUUAGGAGAGGUUUAGCAUUUUAUAUCACAGAUAAUAAAUCAAAAUGCAAAACAUCUAACCAAAAAGUACUUUCUCUAUUUUAUCAUCAGAGUUAGAUAAGACCCACUGCUUCACAUCUGGGUCCUGCUUACCCUCGUGUUACUUGUUACUGCCCCGUUUAUCCCCCUAGCUGCUGGGACUAAAAUGUGCUGGACUCCUUUUGCACGUGAUCAGGUUGCUUGGCUGAUUGAUAUAACUUAAAUACAUACAAUAAACAUAACAUAUCCAACACUGGACAGAAUAUUCAAAGGCUUUUGAUGUACUUCUUAGGCGGUCUUCAGCUUUAUAUUUAAUCUUAGAAAUGAUUAGCGUACAAAGGAAUGCUUUUAUUAAAACAUGGAACCCUGUAUCUUAGGUCAGAUAAGUUGAGUAUCGAGUAUGUCCAUUGUCUAAUGUUGAGGGCCAGCCUUGACAUAUUUUCAUUGAAGGAUGAUUCACACAGCUUCUGAAGUGGCUAACCUUCAAUCUUUGAAGAUGUUUCCAUCUGUGAGUGCAGUUUGGACCAUUCUUGUUUUUUUUUAAGGCCAUUACAAAUACAGAUUCUUUAUAGUUUAUGAGAUCUAUCUGUAUGUUUUUCAAAUGACAAGAGUCAAUGACUAACAGCCCAGUUACUUCACACCAUUGUGAGACAUCUUAGCCAGUCAGAUAAUGUUGAAGACGGGCGCAUGUCCUAUGUGGUGUAACAGUAUCAAUACUCACAGAAGUACACAAAAAAUGAAAGUAUUUGUCUGUUUGCCCUGAUAGAAAGAUUCAUUGUGAUCUGCUUUGCCUGUUUUGAGAAUUACUACUGUUGCUAUGGAGUUUUAACCAAUCAGAGUCAAGUAUUUAAUCCAGGAAGAAAGCUUGGUAAUAAAGGUUAUUAAGUACUUUUACUUCUCCUUUGUGAUAUCAUUUUCAGAUUAUAAACAUUUGUCUCUAAAAUAGUCUUCUUGAUGGGGAAAAACACAUUAUUGUAUUAGACAACCAGUAGACUGAUUUGUUCAAUAUCUACCAGGAUUUUGUUUCAUUUGAUCGAUUUAACCCUGAAAUGGAAUAAAGGAUGAUAAAACUGUCAGUGAAACUAAAUUAGCUACAGAAGCUUAAUGAAAGUGAGGGGCAAAAUCCUGGAUGAAUAUUAGGAUAUUUUUUGACAAAGUAAGGACGAAGUGAAUAUUUAUGGUAUUUUGUGGCACCCAAAAUAGUCUGAUGGUCCAAUCACUGCAUCCCUGCAUCGGGUCUACAGAUAGAGGGCCACAUAUUGUCAGCUUAAAUUGAAAAAAAAAUUUUAAAUUCUUAUCUUUAAGAGUCUUUCAGUGAGUGAUGUACCAAAGAGCAGCUAUCUCAUCGUGCCUUUUAUCCUUUCCGUGUGUCACUUUUGAGCUGACAGAAGCACUUUCUCUCUCAGACAGGGAGGUCUUUUGUAUUGUUACUUUAAAAGCACCUUGAAUGGCACCGGGAGUGACAUGUUAUCUCCGCCAGGUCGAAUCGCAUCUCCACCGACUCGAUAUAGCACUCACUCUCUAUAGACUGUUGCUAAAUGAAGUAUAACCCCCUUCCCCUCCCUCUGAAUGAAUAAUAAUAUUUCCCUCCAUGGCCACGAUUGACCAGUUUAAUUUUUUUCUUUUUAUUACAGCAAGUGAAGAACGCUCUGAAGUACACAAUUGGAUUUACCAUUGUCUGCGUGGUGCUCCUUUUAAUUGGGUAAGUUGGGGACAUGGAUGGGUUCUUCUGCGUCAGUACAGGAGGGCUGGAAGGGGGUGCGGAUUUGUCAUUGUGUUGGGCUAAUGAGAGGAGAAUCCUGUGGAAAAGCUACGGCACCAUUUGUCUGGUCCUGAUAAACCAGUCAUGAAAAAAAAAUGUACGUGCGACUGAAUGUAGGUUUUAUUCUCGUCUGUCUAAUUCCAAACGAGUUUUCUUGUGCGAGUGUUUUUCCCAGAUAUUUAAUGUUCUUCUCACCGACCAUGCUAAUGCAUAUUAGCAGCCAUGUCCUGCUUAUCUUCUAGUCUUCUCCAGGCUUUGUUCGGAACCACGUGCACCACAUAAUAGAUUUCCUCUGCAGCCCUGACAGCAACUUACCUCGAGUUCAACCUGUACGAUUUUAUGUGCUCUUCCAACCAUUUAAUAGUGCGCUGAAUGAAAGCUUACCUAGUUUGGGAAAAUAAAAGACACAUGGCUAUACUUUAUUAUGGCUUAAAGUUUGGUAGUUUGGUCUUUUUUAUAGACAGAAGCAAUUUAGCUCCUCUUUUACUUCAUGAAGUGGAACUAUUGUCGCUUUGUUCCAGCAGUUGUGGCUCCAGCCUUUUGAUCUACAACAACAUGAUAGCUUUUAUCCUGAACUCUUUCUCUGAUACUAGGAGACAUAAUGACUUUGUUUGGCGACCGUUCACUCAGGAAGUCUUUUCUUGAUGGCUUUUAUUUGUUGUCUAUUUACUUGGCGACGUGUUUACCUUCUUGAAUGACCCCUGCUGCAGUUUACAGGUUCUUUCCUCAUUGCAAUCAUCUACAACCUUUUUCUUAUUGCCAGUUCAAGGUGCGAUAUUUAUUUCCCUUCAACACGAACGGUGCACCAAGUUGUCCCAGUGCUGUGCAAGCAUCAGAGGUAGUAACAGGAGUAGUAGAAGCGCUGUGUACUUCAGGUGUGUGUGCAUAUGAAGCUUCUGCCGUGUGUUGACCUUGUGUGCUUCUGCAGCGGUGCAGCACACUGUGAAUUGCACACUGGGUUACCAAUAUUGCACUUUUCUAGGAUCAAUAUAAAGCAAAGGCAUGAUGAAAGUAGGGCUGUCGCAAUAUCGGGUUUUCAUCUCAUAGUUUCUCUGGACAGAAAGUAUUAAGGGUAAUGAUAUUUAGUGAUAUUUACAGAAAACCUGAAAAAAUAAAAGCAAAAAAACAACACUUGUAGUCGAGGUUAAGGAAAGGUGAGACAAAAGUGGAAUAACAUAAGCUCGACUGAUAAAUGCAACUAUCUUCUUCAACAUUGUGGCGUGUCUUGAGAUAAUAUUCUUGAUCAAGGUCUUUUUUUUUUUUUUUUUUUUGAAUAUAACAAACAAAAGAAAUAUAAUCGACACAAGAGACAAUAAAGUCUAGUUCCUGUACAUUCAAACAAACUUCCCAAUACCCCCCACCAACAUGUACUGGACCCCAGGCAAAUUUCAAUACAUCCAGACAUCGACACAUACACAAACUAGGUCGAUAGAAAAGAAACCCAUAAUGGAGAGAGAAAAAAGUAAAAAACAAACAAAUCUAUAUACAUUUGGGUGACAUAGACAUUUUAGUAGCGGCCAUGCCUUCAACAAAGGAAAUGAAUGGCUGCUAAAUGACAUUGAAUUUCCUUGUGUUCCCUCUUACAGUAUAUCUAUUUUUUUCUAAAUGGACAUGACUCAUGACCUCCCUAAUCCACAGAUAACAUCUUUAUUUGUAACUGCUACCAUGUAAGUAAAGAUUAGUUUAUUAAGAUUAUCCACUUCUAAUGAUGACCAAAGUUAUUUUUCAUCUACUUCAUCAGCUAAUAGUGGAAACUUCUAAUUAAAGGAGCUCUUACACGACACAUCACCACCUCCUUCCCCCUCACUGCAUCGCUAUUACUAACUCUGAGAAGGUAACUAUUAUAUCCUGGCAAUAAAAAAAGGGCUUGUAUCUCGAAUUCAGGUUUUACCUUUGAAAAAACUGCAGAAUACCUUUCUCGUUCAACAUUUCAUUACCUGUUUCAUCGUUUGUUUCAUGAAGUAUUUCUAUUAUUAUCUUUUUUAUGUAGAGAAGUGCAAGUCUACCAAAUUUCAGUUUGUACCUGGAGAAAGUUCAAAGUGAAAGGCAGCAAAGUGGUCCCAUAAUGUCUCCAAUAUUGGAGGCAUUAUGACCUUCAAGUGUUUUUAUGAAGUCUGCUUCUGUGUGCAUCAAUUGGAGCCAGAUCGCUGUAAAUGGACUAAAAACAGGGAAACAAACCUUGAGAAUUUUGUGGGCUCCUGUUUUGAAAGAAAAAAGAAAAAAAAAAACCUCUUUGGUCAAGAUAGUGUUUCCCCCUCACUACAAUCUUCUAAAGAGUAGGGUAAGGUUUGAGACCACUUAGAUGUGUCUUAUUCCUUUAAAAAAAAUGAAAGAUGUGUGUCAUGAGUGAAGAAAGGAACAGAUUGAAGAGAUAAAGUCUAAUAGUGGACUCAUUUUUAGACGUGGAAUUUUUGUUUUUUGCAUAUAAGGCAAAAAGAUGUCUUAAUAUGCUUCACCUCCCUGGUUUAACUCUUUUUUUUUUUAAGGGGGUCACUAGUUCUCUAAAAAACAGUAUCUCGAAUAUCUCUAAAGAUUCAUAGAGCAUUAUUUUUUUAUGCGAGUUUGUAGAUGCUAGAUACAAAGCAGGAUUCUGCCCUAAUUCUCUGUUGUGUGUCAGGAAGGAUUUAUGAUCAGUGCAGAUGGAUUUCAUGAUUAAUGGAAUCAAAGUCUGCUCUGAAACUGAGCUGCAUGAUCAGUGUGUUUACCCUUUCCACAAUGCAGCAUACAAAGAGAUUUAUUUUUUGUUUUCAGAAACGCUGUCUUAGUUGUGUCGAUGCUGAACAACCCCAAUCCCAGAAAUGUUUGGACGCUGUGCGGAUGACAACAAAAAUGGAUUUUGAGGGUUUGCAAACCAUCCAAAUCCCACAGUUAUUUAAAAGUAGUCCAAAAACAAUGUAUUAAAUGUUAAAACUCAAACAUUUUGUAAGAGAAAUAGGCACAAACUGAUAUGGAUGUCUCUCAGUGCCCUUAAAAACAAAUCAGACCACCAGGCAGCAGCAAGUUUGAUAAUUUCCCUGCUGUCAGUUUUAAUGAUCCAAAUCCUGAGAUGGGGUAGAAAUCAGAGCAGGUGAUUGUCAGCAGGCCAAAAUAAACAGCUAUUUAUACUUUGUACAAACCAAAUACUCACAGUGAGAGAUAAACUUCUUAAUGGAAAGACAACAGGAUAAGGUUUGUGGUCAGAAAACACUGCUUAUUCAUGUACAAGAUGAUAGAUAAGAGGUAUUACUUUGCCCACAGGGGGCACCGGUAGUUUUUGAACACCCCUUUUUGCUGUAUUCACAAAUGCAGGAUAAGGCUGUUCCAUUCAUACGCUGGCAUCAGUCAUGGGUAGUGUGCACAUCUGGGAAGACGCUACCCAGACAAUACCAAACAUUACCACACCAUAGCACAUUCUGUGUGCAUUACAACACUAUGGUUCUGUAGUAGAAGAGUCUAUAUACAACACUGGGCUGUCUGCAUUUCCAAAUUCUCACCGGCAUUUCAUGAAAAUAAAAAUAUGACAGAGGAGGUCUGGAGCUUUUGAGCAGCUGAAAUCCUUCAUCAGGAAAGAAUGAGACGAUAUUUCAUUUUCCAGUCCCCAGAAACUGGUUUAUGUGAUUUUUUUUUUAAAACCCCAAGAGAGUGUUGUUAAAAGAAGAGCUGAUCUGACACAAUCAUCCAAACAUUUCCCUGUCCCGACUGUUCUGAACAUGCUGGCAUCAAAUCUAAAACGAGCACAGAUUUUUCUGAAAUUGAUGAAACUCUUCACUUUUAAUAUUUGAUAUAUUGUCCACUAUUUUCAAAGAUUUAGAAACCACCAAGAUUUGUUUUGAUCUAUUUCUUACACAGCAAUCCCUACUCUUUUGGAAUGUAGAUCUGCCAGUGCAAGUGCUGGAUCUUAAUGGCUUAAUCCCAGCGUUAAACAUGGGAGACCUCAGAAGAAUCAAAACACUCCAUCCUUAUCUUUUUCAAGGGAACACAAGGUCGGCGUUUUAUAAUGUGUUUGAUGGGGUGAUCACUAAUAACCUUUACGGGCAAAAGACAAAUCAAAAGUUUCUGGAAAGAAUCGUUGAAGUCACCAACAGGUCAUGACAUUCACGGAUAAUUUUACUAAAAAUGGAAAGCUAUAAAAGUGUAGAUCUAGCGCUGCUUAGUGAUUUUGUUGUUGUUUUGUUCCCCUCCAAAACAAAUUGGAAAGGAUUGGAGGGGACACAGAGCUUAGAGAAAUGUCUGCUGUGUUAAGAAUAGCAAUUAAUCCAGUUUCAAAGGUGAAGUUGUAUCCAAGGCAGAUAUAUAAAAGGUCAAUAAAACAGCUUGCAAAAUGCUGUUUAUGUGAUUUGUAAGCCCUGUGUUCUUACCAGAGGCAUUAAACAUGAUGGUUUUUAUUUAUUUUCACUAACAUACAUUAAUUUCUCUCUAAUUAAACCCCAGUUACAUUCACACUUUAUGUUUGUGAGGCAGAUAUGAAGAGCAGCGCAGCUUAAUAAGGCAAGAGAUCCCUAUAAAAGCAAAAAAGAGACGAGUUUAGUGAAGGACAGCGGCAGAGGUCCAAUUUCACAGCGGUGCAGAUAAGCAAGGCAACAGACAUUCACCAUGGAGCUUAGACGUCUGGAUGCUGGAGUGAAGAACAUGCUGUAAAAGCUUCUUUGACCGUUUCUGUCUGGGCAUUACGCUGCGCAGGACAUAAAAGGUCCGUGUAGAGGGAUAGAGAUGUUUAGACCAGAAGCAAAACUUCAGUGUGCUGCCCGGCAGCUUUUCAGAAAACAGACUUUCUAAAAGGUUUCUGAAAACUCGCUCUAUUGUCUGUGUUUUCCAACAAAACUGGCUUGAGUCCAUAUUUCUGCUUUUCUUCUUUCAGCAAUUGAAACACUUGAGCGUUUUCAGUAAAUUAGUGUAGGAAGGAGUGAUUCAGAUAGUAUGGACUGCCAUUUGUUCUUUUUCCCACUCGAUGUUUAGUUACUGAAUGGUUCAAAGAAAAAAAACAACACACCACACACUAAGAAACCUAAUUUUCUUAACCUCUAACAAAGCCAUUGUUUGAUUGCUUUCAGAGCGUUUGUUCCACUUGAGGCCCCGCCAGGCCAGAACUCCACUCAAUGGGAGAAAGUGCAGUACCUUUUUGAGGAGCUCGGCAGUACGCGUAAGUAGCAUUUGUGGGAAAUGCUUCCUGUUAUUUCCAGCUGGGGUCUUAUUUCCCCUCAUUUUUUUCUCUUGUAAGUUGAAUUGCUCCAAUCAUUCUGACCUUUUCCUUCAUUAGAUAUUACUUCCACUCUUGUAAAAACCACAUUCUCUCAGCAUAUUCUGUAUAUUUUCAUGCUUCUUCUCUUAUCCUUUCUAUCUGUUGUUCAGCUUUUUACCUAUCUCACUUAUGAGCCUAAAAGAAGAAGUUUUUGCAGGCCACAGGAAAAGCACAAUUUGUCUCAAGAAAGCCCAAAAUGAGAGGCGCUGAUUGGCCUAACAGCUUAAACAGGCCCAUUAUACUGAGGCGACAGCUCUUGUUGCAGUGGUCACCGGGCAGAUCUUUAGCUAAUUUCCAAAAAAAGAUGGUUUAAAAAAAAAAAACACAGCAUUUACGCAAGCAGAGUCUCCCGCAGAUGAUCUGAAGGAAGAAUAAAGAAAUUCAAUUAACACCUCAGACUGUGAUAGGAGGGAGGUCAGUACUUUGCUGCCUGUGCUGGCUGCAUUGAUAGGAAUAAAGGUUGAAAUAAUCAUGAAAACAAACAUAAUUUUUUCCUACUCAGGUGAGAUUUUAUUGUAUAACAUUGCAUUAUGUGUUAAAAUGUCAUAGAAAGAAAUAAUGAAUGCACUACAAAGUUUGGGCUGCCUUACUUAACUUGCAAAUGAUCAUUGUAUCAAAGACCACAUCUCAGCAGUCAGGCAUAGAUGCAACUGUGUCACACAGUGCGAUCAAUUUAUGGCAUAUAUUGUGAUAUAUGUUUAUCUAUGUUUAUGUAAAAAAUUAAGAAAUACUGGUAACUAAAAACUUGAGACAAAACUAGAGGAAAACAAAAAAAAGUCUGGCCUUUCUAACUGAGAUUUUGCAGUACAGUCACAGGAGUAUACAUAAUUAAUUAAUCUGCAUUGUUUAUUAUACAGUUUCUGUAAAAUUCAAUGCAUGAUACGCACUUUUUAUGAUUAUUUUUGUCAUGCUAAAAGUACACAGGUGCCGCCGAUAUACCAGGGGGCCCUGGAAGAAGCGAGCUGCAGAUUCAGUAUGGAUGUAUAGCAUUCUGAAUCCCCAUUAAGGCAGACCAGUCUUGCAGCACCACAAUUAAAAGCGCUUAAAAAACAGUAUUGUGCUGCGAAUAGGUGCUGUAAAUAAAUCUUGUAGAGUUCUGAUUUAGUGCAAAUGGGCUCUAUGCACAACUCCACUACUUAUGGAACUUAAGGCCGCUUCUUUAUUUCUUGUUUUACAUUACUGGACAAACUGAUUAAUCCAAGUGUGACUGAUUAUUGUGACUAGUCAGACACACCUGGAUUAAUCAGUUUGUCCAAUAAUGUAAGCAGGAAUUAAAGGAGCAGCCUUAGGUUCAGGAAGUAGUGGAUCAGUGCAUAGAGCCCUUUGGUUGGUGUAACACACAAGGCUGAGCUUAGCUGGCAUGGUAGCAGUUAUAGAGAGCUACACAUGUGCAUGGGAACUGCACAUUGCUGAAUGCAGUGGAGCUCUUUAUGUAAGAACACAGUUUAAAGUCCUCCAAAGAACAGACUCCCAGGGCCUUGCAAUUUAUAUUCCAGAGUUUAUGCUGUCUAAGUAGACGUACAAUGACAAAUACCCUCCCAACUUGCUCAGAGUACAUUUUUCUAUAAAGCUGACCAAGUAAUCUUGUCGUUGGCGUAUAAAGGAAACAUCAGCCUUGAUUUGAUUGGUCAGAAACAAGGUUAAGCAGUCUGGUGACCUCUCAUUGAUCCAACUCUGUAUUAUUGCUUUAGAAAGUGCUGAGAUGGACAAAAGAUGAUACUGAUAUAAAAUUUCAAGAUGUUGCUGUCUGCUCCUUGUUGUAGAUUCAUCCCUUCAUUCAAUUUCCGGCAAGACCUCAUUAAAUGACUCAAUAACUAAACACAGCAGUAUUUCAGAGGCAGGGCCUUUACAGCCUCAAUAUAAGUGUGCACUAAGAAAUUGGAUCUUCCACUAAAAAUAACCAAAUACUCCAAAUCAGCUGUAGGAUCCCGACUCUCCCACUUUGUGAGAUAAAGCAUUGUCUGUGCUUACAUCAAAAUAUAGACUCCUAAAGGUCCUCUGGCCUUCUGCCAUCUAGGGAUCAAGGCGGAAGUCGAACCAUCUGCCUCUCUUCACAAUAGUAGACCCCUACAUGCUCUCCCUAACCUUCCUUCCUCGGCACAGGGGGGUAAAAUGACUAGGCUGCUGAGAAGGAAACGUGGGGAUCAUCCCUUUUCUAAUUCCCUGUCUCUUCUCCCUCCAGAUGGGAGGUUAAUUGUGUAAAGGAAAGGCACUUUUGCCACAUAACCCCUGACUGCUUAGCAAUGGCUGUUCAUUAAGGGCGCCACAUCCUUAAUGGCUCCAACAUUACAUGUGUUCCAAUAUUCCAGUGAUGCCUGAAUGAACUCUUGAGCAGCUAUUCAUGUUGGUAUUCAGGACCACACGAUGCAAUCUGGUAUUUUUGGCCGUGGUUUAGAGAGAGUGAAGUGUGCGGGAGAACUUUAACAAGGAAUAGUACUCGGGCAAGAUUUCUAACACUUAACCUUUCCUGAUUUUCCUCUUAUUAGUCAGAAAAAAACAUGUAAACUUACUCUAACUCUGACUUACUUACACAGAACCGGAAAAAAUUAAGGGACCACUUACAGUUCCCACCGAAAUCAGCGAAUCUACAUGCAUGGAAGCAACUCAAUUCCAGCAUCUGUCUCAUUUCAACACAGACAGAGCUCAUUUUACUUAAUGAGAUACUGAUUAAAACUCCUGUGAGGAGGUUUUUAGAUGGUUGUGUAGCAGACUGAAAUUAAUACUGGUGUCUCUUUGUGACCUACAAAACCAAACAAGAGCAUCAGUAGAAGAUUCACAGUUUCCAUGUGGUUCCUUGUGAUGUUUGAAACAACUCGCAACCAGUAUGGUUGUACUCUUUGCACUCUUGCUUUUUCUGAUUCAUUUCAGUGUAAGUUUCUCUCUCCACCUUUGGCAGUUCUGUGAAUUCUCAGUACAAGAAAAAAACACUUCACUCACUGGUCUCUUUUUUCCCCUUGGAGCUGUAAGUAUGUUUAUACCAUGUGUACAAGAAAAUCUGAACAAUAGCAGUAGCUUUUACCAGUAUGUUUAACCCUCUUCACCCCACUCAGCUCACAAUAAAAAAAAUACUGUGGUCUUUCCAUGAAUGAGAACUACUCAUUGGUUGGUACCCACUUAUUCCCAUUGCACUGAGUAAUCAACUAUAGAAGCUGUGUAGCUUCCAUAGGUUAUAAUUACAAGGGUAAACAAAAUUAUCUUUGUUUGUGUAAAUCAGUCUCUGCUUUUUAACACAAUGUACCACCACUAUAAUUUCACUUUGAGAGGCUGGAAGUAGACCAGACUGGACUGUUAAUUGUUCCUGUGCUGCAAACAGACAUCCAGAACAUGCAGCCGUCUCAGCAGGAAGAGUCUACUGUUAGGUUUGUCACAAUACCGCAAUUAUGAAGUUUUGUUUUGGGGCAUUUUUGCCUUUGUUAGACAGGGCAGCUUAAAAGAGAGACAGGAAAUGUGGAGAGUAGAGAGUGGAUGAAGACAUACAGCAAAAGGGUCAUAGCUGGAAGUGGAAACAGUCACUACUAAAUAGAGCUAGGCGAUAAACUGAAAAUUUAGCGAUACCAAAAUUUACGACAAUAAUCGUUGUCAUUUUGCCCAUAUCCAUAUAUUUGGUGUUAAAAAAAAUAAAUAAAUAAAAGUUGGUUUUGGGUGUGUGUAGGUAUUGACGUGAUAUUGACUUGAGGCCAUAUCGCCCAGCCCUACUACUACAGUUCUCAGGAGCAUCACCCUCAGAAACAACUUUGACCACUUUGUUUUUCUCUGUCUGUGAAAAAUCUGACGUAAUGACUGCAAAUCAACAUCAUGACAACUUUAUUGUGCAGUAUGAUACAAUGCAUCAAACAGGCUGCUGGUUCCUGCUUCAUUUAUGAUUCUGUUGUUACGCAGAUGUGAUGUCGGUUUCAAGAGCCUAAGGAUCUCUUAAUAAAAGCCUCUCCUUACAAGUCUCAUGCACAUACACAAACCUGAAGGGCUAUAAGCAGCCUGAGAUAAGAGCCACCUCAUUCCACUGCAUUUAGGAAAUCGAAGCUGUACAGAUGUGGGAGCACCGGCGAUAAUAGACAAUAUUCCGUCUGUUAAAUCCCCGUAAAAUCUGCUCGAGGAGCCAAGAAGAGUGGCAGCAAACAUCUAUCCUUUGCUUUGUGUAGGGUUCAUGAACAGAAUGUUCUCCUUGCAGAACAUGCAGCUAUUGUAUAUUUUACCAAGCUCACCGCCAAACAAAGGCGGCGAAAUCGCAAUGAAACACUCAGGAAUAAGAAACCUGCAUUCAAAUGUUAAUGUUCAGCCCAGCUGUCAGACUUCAAAGUUUUCUCUCUGCAUAUAAUACAACAGAGAGCAGGCACAUAAUUCAUCUCCAUUUUCCACCCCUUUGUCCUGCUGCUUGUGAAAUGCCUCUAAAAGGAAGUGAUAAAUGUUAUAAACAGGACAAAUUAUACAUGCACUGAAUACUGACUUAAUAUCCCCAUUAAAUGCCACCGUCAAGGAGAAAGGCAAACAGAGAGCCACCUCUGCUCGUGCCGACAGGUGGGCUGGGCAUGGCAGAGCUGCUGCUGAGAGAAUGUGGGAUAUCUACAUAGGGGCGACUGUGCAGCUUCUAGCGUGGGACUCUAUAACAGGUGGGAUCUUGACAGGGGAGGGAGGCAAUCAGUCUCUGCAUCAAUCCCUGUCUUCUAACUCCAGCUCUGACAGCUGGUGUGACACCUACUGUUGCCCUUGCCUGAUGGGUGGUCCCUUUUCUGCCUCAAUCAAAGGUGAUACCCAUCAACUCAACUCACAUAGACUGAAGCAUCCAGCUGUUAAACAACCGAUCAUGAUCAAUGUAUUAAACAACAAUUAGGACAAAAGAUGGUGGCCAGAUGUGACUCCAGAGGAAGACUUAGCAACAGGGAGAUAUUAGAAGAAGAGAAGCAGAAAAUCAACAUGACGCACCGUCCUUGGGAUAAUUUUCUUCUCAAGAGACUUCCAGGAAAUGAAUGUCCUGAAAUAACAUAAGAACAGAGACGUGUACUUGCAGUUCAAGGUCAGCAGAGCUACUUGAGUCAAGUGAGCAAUUGAAACUUUCAGUUUGAAACUUCUUUGUUAGCGUGGAACCUGCUAUUCGCAUGCAAUACUCACAACAAAUUCUUGGCCUCCAAAUCAAAUAAGUCAAGAGUUACCGCUGAGGAGUGAACUAUUAAACAAAAGUUGAUGAAUUUUCUUGGCAAGGCAGUCAUCGUCCAUAUAAUACCAUCAGCUGGGGUACAGCUAUCUGUUUGUUUAUAUAGUCCAUAACGUCAUCAGAUACCUGGGCAAGUAAUUCAUGAGAUUUCAAUUUUAGUAACAAAAUGUGUAAUGUGGGGACAGCUCGACAUAUUCGACAUGUUGUACAACAGCAGUAAAAAUGACCAUGUAACCACAGGUGUAGAGAGGGAAACUGUGUGCAAUGUCAGAGAGAGGAACACGUGUGUGUUAGUAAAGCAGAGGGACAGAUUGAGCAAGUGGAAAGAGGCUCAUGAUGACUAAAUAGAGUGUAUGAUAUACAGUUUAGGCUUGCCAAGGCUAAAUAAUAGGUUAUUUGCAGCCCAUUAACUUUACUUCAGGACUUUUUUAUCACUCGUGAAGUAUUCUGUGUGUAAGUGUUAAAAAGGGUUCAAUGUUUGAAAAAAAAUGCAGAUUUUGUCUAAUCCAUGAGCAUUUGUGUUGCAAAACUGUGGUUUCAGUUUCAACCAAGAAGUUGUUUAGUCACCUGGAGAAGGAUAGCUCAGUACUGUCAGCUAAAAGACAAGUGAUUCCCACCCAAAUGUUUGCUGACCAUUCGCCAGCAUCCGUUUUCUCCGCUCAUUUCCUUCCUCAAUUCCAGCUUCCAGUUUGGUGACAGCAGUUUGGGCUCCGUGCACUGCCGUGAUUUGUGUUUUUUAGAGAACCACAGCUCUCUUUUGCACCAUUUAAAUUGUAUGGGCUACACAGCAGGAGGAUUUCAAAUGACUAAAUUACAGUCUUUCAGGGAUUUUUAGAGUUGAUUGUCCACAGGUGCAUGGAAAUUUUAGCAGCACUUUAAGAAUUUUCAAAGAAAGUCAGAUGAUUGCUCUACCUGCCGAAAAAUGUUGAAUGCUUGGAACGUUUUAGCUGUCAAUGUUGAGCUUGAAAUACAAAAAGGACUAAAAUACCAACAAAGUGCACAAAGGAAAGUCUGUUCUUGAUAGUUUGCUCGUGUGGCAAAGAGUCUCAGCUAUUUCUUUGAAAAGCUGGGGUUAACUUUCUAAUGGCUGACCUGUCUUUCCUCUUGCAGAUGGUCUUCCUGCUCUGUCUUUCUCCAUCAGCACCUUGACCUUGAUUGGCAUGUUGGCAGUGAUCACUUACACGGUGAGUUGGGACCCGAGACAAGUGGUUGAUGCUGUUUCAUGUGCUCAGUGGAGCUUCACCUUCUCUGUAAUUAAAGCAUUUCUUCCAACGUGAUGAUUUCCAAAUCUUGCCAGCCCUGUAGCUUAAAGGAGUAGUUCAUGGUUUAUUGAGCUGGUGUUGUGUGUGUGGUUCUAAAAGUCAAAGUCAUAAUUUGGAGGGAUGGCGGUCGGCAGACCCUUCUUUUAGAGAGGCCAGCAUCGAAGCUUAAUUAUGUCGUGCUAUGAAGCCAAAAUACCCUCCAUUACGGGUGCUGACAUAGUAGCCAGGUGAUGUUAUUGGAGCCAAAAUCAGUGCAGGAGAGAGCAGCUGGUGCAGCCACAGUAAUAACAUCUCACCUCUCUGCUAAACAAAACACACAUUUAACUCUGAGAGAAAACUGAAAAGAUCCCUUCAGGCUGGUACAAAUGUACACUCAUCAACAUACACUACCUGUUUUUUUCCCAGUAUGUUCCAACAAAAAGGUGCCCUGGUCUCCAUAUAGAUUUCACUAUGUUCUGAACAGUUAUACAGGCCUUGGACAGCUUUGGCUAGCUGCACUGAAAAUAAACAUCAACACUCCACAUGCAACGCAGAGACAGCCCCUGUGAAUUUUCAGAAGAGGAUUAUGAAACCACCACGAAAUAAGCCAGAGAGACAGUAGCUGGAGAGCACUGCUAUUCCCCGAAUAUGGGGAAAGAUAAAUAAAUGAAAACACCCAGCAACCGCACAAGUUCUCCCUCUCUCUUUUGGGCUGUCUGUUUGACUUAAAACAUGUCAGGGGGUUUGAGGAAAAACUAUAUAGAAAAGUUUAUUUGGUGCAAGUUUGACCAACAUGUUUCCUCGCUGUAUACCGUAUAUCCUGGUUAAUAAUGCGUAUUUUUGUUCUAUAAAUUUUGGUAUAUGAAUGAUUCCAGUCUUCUUGUAUGAGAUGUUCAUUUUGAUGGAGUGGCCUCUCAGUAUAAAAGACCCCUUAUUAUUUUGGAGUUAUGCCAUUCAGUUGGUUAAAUUUCUCAGACUGCUGUCUCUCACCCAAAACUUUUACAUGACAUAUGUGCACCUUUCACCGGCUUAUCAACCACUUAUCUGCUGCCUAUUUAUACACAGAUCUACCUCAGUUUUCAUUAAUAUAUGCCAGUGUUUCAGCUUCUUCAGCGUUCUGCAGCUUCGCUGUUUUUUUCCUGGAUCUGUGCUGCAACUUUAGUCAACGCUGUCCAUUUUUCUUAGCGGUUACCCCUGUAACUAGAUUAGUAAGUAUUCCCCAGAGGUGGUGAUACUGGUAUCAGGGUAGGUUUAACACAGAAUACUGCCUACUGGGAAUAACAUAUAUGUAUAAAAAGAAAAGAAAAACUAGGAUUUUAAUCCAGGAACAGGGGAGGAGAAGUGACAGCCAACCCCAAUCUAUCCAGAUUCUGUUGAGCUUAAAGAGGCCCAUUUGACAAAUUACACAACAAUUGAGUGUGGAGCUCUUAAUGAAUAAUACACAACCUAUUUGAGUUACUUGUAGAGCUAAUCUCCCUUAAGGACAUAUGAUUUAUCCCAGCUUGAAUUCCACCAACUGUUCCCCCACUUUGUUUUCCACAUCUCUUUAAAGAGUAGAUGAUUAUCGCACACAUGAAGAUGGAAAUACGCUCAGAUUCGCAGUGACCCCAUGUUGCUUUUGACUGCGUGGAUGCCCUGUGGGAUUCAAACCUCCCUGUGAGCCUUUGUUUUUGAUGCUCCUUGUUUUGAUGAAGUCAAUCAAAGAAAUCAGGCCUCUGGGCGACAUCAGCAGCUGCCACUCCCUCUUUUAUUCUCUCCGACACAAAUGCAGAAGCUCGUUUUAUCUCACUUUUUCAUCCUUUCAUCAGCUUUAUUUGCCCUCUCCUGUCUCCCUAUCUACAAGCAGCAGAACUCUUCUUGGUGGCAGCCUACCCAUGUUUUCAGAGAGCUAUGUGAUUUAUUAUUCUUUGCUAUGUGUAAGUAUUAAGUCUGAUUAACUUAAUGGAAUGGAAGUGAAGGGCCUGAGAAGAAGUGGAAAUGUUAGCCAUGACUCCUGCGCUAAUUUAUUGCUAUACUUUGUGCAGAACUAUCCGCCUACGUCUCUACAAACAACUCUAUGAGACAAACAAUAUAUAACCCUGCAGUUCGGAGCUCUUUAGAUUAAUAUAAAGUGAAGAAGGUUAUAGCUUUUACUGCUUCUUCUGAUCUUUUUACUACUUUUAUUCAAAGUCAAAGGAAUAUCACACCCUUUGCAGGGGAAUUUUCGCUUCCGAUUUGACCGAGCUUUCAACGUAUAAGUAGAGUAUGAGUCUUUGCUGUAGGGCUCUGCUCAGGUAGAAGUGGCAUUGACAUCCAGCCCAAACUAUCACCUAAACACACAUUUUAAAGAUCAUUGAAACAACCGAGACCCUCAAGGUUGGCAGAGUCCACAGCCAUAAAGUACACAGUCCUAUGGUGGGUUUUGUUGGGUUUCGUUAAGCUGUUUUUUUCUCUGCACUGCUGAUCUGCACACAGCACCAUCUACAAUGUCUAAAACUCAUGUUUUUUUGUAGCAAGUAUUUGAUUUUCGACUUAUUAGAUUUUCAGGUUUGCAUGCCUGUCCUUUAGACUGCACUGAUACAAAACAUUGUUAACUGAAAUACAUGAAAAUGAAUUUUUGACCUUGGCCUCUUACUAAUCUCAACUCCACAACAGUGCCAAGACAAAGUCAUGCCAUUGUGCUUACACAUUAAAACCCAACACAGUAUUACAUUUGUGUUACAGUUAGGGCUGGGCAAUAAACCAAAUAUUUACCGAUACAGAAAUUUAUGACAAUAACCAAUGACAUUUUGCCCAUGUCAAUAUAUUCUGUGCCAAAAUAAAUAAAUAAAUAAAUUAAUUAAUAAAAGUUGGUUUUGGAUGUGUGCAGGUAGGCUAUGUUCUCAUGUCCCUUUAAGACGCUGUCCUACAUCAGAGAUGUGACUCCACCCCAUCAAGUCUGUAACAAAGAGGGAAAGACAGGUGAGGAGAUGGAGGACGGUUCAAAAGUUGUAGCGGCUGAAGUAGAUGAAGUUAAUAUGGGAGGUGGUGAGCAGCUUGUGGAGUAGUUAUCAUCCAUUUAUCGUAUUGAGGUGAACUGCUCAAUAUAUCGUGAUAUUGAUUUGAAGCCAUAUCGCCCAGCCCUACUAGAUAGCUAGUUUAGCCCCUACACAUUACCACAGUGUUUCCCUCCAUUCUGCCCCUGUUACUGUAUUCCUCUGAACCAAUUAUGUACCAGUGGAGCUGAUUGGUUGUAUCUCAAGGAAAAAUCAGCAGGCUAAUACUGAAUUAUUAACUCGGUUUGCACUUGAUUUGAGAUGACAGUCAUUGUCACUUGAUAUUCAAGCAGUCUUUUAAUGCAAAUAUUUUAUUCAAGACUGAAAAUCAAUAUUUAUGGGUACAUUUCUACCUUGAAUGUUUGCACAUGCAUAUUCUUUCUAUAUACAUCCUUCCCAGUACUCUCUUUUAAAGUACCCAGCAGUCUUAACAUGACACCGAUCAGACCAAUCUUUAAGCUCAUGGAUCACGAGAAGUCCUUUUGCUUCAUUUAAAAGCUUGUCUGGUAUGUUGACUUAUGACUCCCCGUGGCUUCGUCUCCCGUGGCCCUGCCUCUCUAUGCUUUUAAAUUGCCAGCCAUAAGAUGCUGAUGUCGAGUGAAAGUUCAGAAGAUUAAUGUGUGUUUAUCUAAUCAUAGACUCUGAGAUUGACCUGGGAAGAUGGGGGUCUCUGAGUGAAUAAAGGUGGAUUCGCUUAGACUUGCAUCAGGAUCCCCGGUCCUCUGGUGCCUGUUUGAUUUCUGACUUUUAAUUCAAACAUAACUCUUAGCUACCAAAACACAUUUUUUCACAGAGAUUUGAGGAUUAGAACUCAGUUUAAGGCUCUUAAUUAAAACAACACAUUGAGAAAUUGCUGUAGAAGAACUUUGGGUCAGUGUAUUUUAACUUUGAAAAGGAAAAUAUCACCAGCUUGAAUCAAAAAUCUACACAACAUGAACAUUUUUAUUUCACAGGUUGUACAAAAAUAAAGUAGAUAAAGAAGAGAUCAUUUAGUUACGGUAUGUACAAUCAAAAAUUACAUCUUGUCAAGUAGAAUAAGUACGGUGCACUCUUGAGUAAUGCUCUUCCAAACUCUCAAGUUUGUCAAACACACUGAUUUGUUCAAUUGUUUUGCUUAUUAUAACCCUCAAUAAUCCAUUUACCAAAUACUCAUCAAUGUCGGUGAUGUUUUAGCAGCUCUCGCUGUUGAAAAUGAUGAAUGGCUGGAAAUCAGAUCAGGUGUUAAUUAGAGCUAAUUAUGUGAUUUACAUGAUUAGAAGCCAAAAUUAAACUUGUAAGUUUUCUGAUUAAAGUGCUCCGCAUACAGUGUCUGCACUCAGCCAAGGAGCUUUUGUUAGCACAAACCUUCACUUUGUAUCAUUGUUGUGCUAAAGCAGAGAAGGGUUGAUUCAAGCAACUUCUACAUAGAUGUGAAUCUUUUCUUUGAACAGAUGGCAUCGUUGAAAUUUACGGAGUCAUAUUCUCCUCUGAUUCUUUCUUUUUAUCACCACUAGGCUAGCCCUAAAGCAUGUAGAAAAUAUUGUUUGUCAUGUUGAGCUAUUAUGAUGCUUACAGUAGUAUUGUAUCAGAUUUUAGUCUCUAUAAGUAUCUACUUUGACAGGAAAAGAAUAAAAACAAAAUGAAAAGAUGCUGAUCAUAAAAGCCAUCCAAAUAAACUCGAUUGUCCAUCUUUCUACCUCACCCACUUUCACGUUCAUCAAAGAUUCAUAAACACAGGUGCACCCUUAUGCACCCUUGUCUAAAGUGUUUUUUAGAUUUCAAACAUUGGCGUGGGAAACUGGUGAGCUGCUGUUAACACUCUGUUUGCAAGCAGGUCUUUUUUAGUGAAAUAGUAGCUGCUUUCUUAGCAUAGAAAAUACAUCAGCUAAAGAGGGAUGAAACCCUGCAGUGAGAAACUGUGUGAGAAAAAGGUUCAGCAGUCCCUGAAAUACACUCACCGGCCACUUUAUUAGGUACACCUGUCCAACUGCUCGUUAACACUUAAUUUCUAAUCAGCCAAUCACAUGGCGGCAACUUAGUGCAUUUAGGCAUGUAGACAUGGUCAAGACAAUCUCCUGCAGUUCAAACCGAGCAUCAGUAUGGGGAAGAAAGGUGAUUUGAGUGACUUUGAACGUGGCAUGGUUGUUGGUGCCAGAAGGGCUGGUCUGAGUAUUUCAGAAACUGCUGAUCUACUGGGAUUUUCAUGCACAACCAUCUCUAGGGUUUACAUAGAAUGGUCCGAAAAAGAAAAAAUAUCCAGUGAGCGGCAGUUCUGUGGGCGGAAAUGCCUUGUUGAUGCCAGAGGUCAGAGGAGAAUGGCCAGACUGGUUCGAGCUGAUAGAAAGGCAACAGUGACUCAAAUAACCACCCGUUACAACCAAGGUAGGCAGAAGAGCAUCUCUGAACGCACAGUACGUCGAACUUUGAGGCAGAUGGGCUACAGCAGCAGAAGACCACACCGGGUGCCACUCCUUUCAGCUAAGAACAGGAAACUGAGGCUACAAUUUGCACAAGCUCAUCGAAAUUGGACAAUAGAAGAUUGGAAAAACGUUGCCUGGUCUGAUGAGUCUCGAUUUCUGCUGCGACAUUCGGAUGGUAGGGUCAGAAUUUGGCGUCAACAACAUGAAAGCAUGGAUCCAUCCUGCCUUGUAUCAACGGUUCAGGCUGGUGGUGGUGGUGUCAUGGUGUGGGGAAUAUUUUCUUGGCACUCUUUGGGCCCCUUGGUACCAAUUGAGCAUCGUUGCAACGCCACAGCCUACCUGAGUAUUGUUGCUGACCAUGUCCAUCCCUUUAUGACCACAAUGUACCCAACUUCUGAUGGCUACUUUCAGCAGGAUAAUGCGCCAUGUCAUAAAGCUGGAAUCAUCUCAGACUGGUUUCUUGAACAUGACAAUGAGUUCACUGUACUCAAAUGGCCUCCACAGUCACCAGAUCUCAAUCCAAUAGAGCAUCUUUGGGAUGUGGUGGAAUGUGAGAUUCGCAUCAUGGAUGUGCAGCCGACAAAUCUGCGGCAACUGUGUGAUGCCAUCAUGUCAAUAUGGACCAAGCUCUCUGAGGAAUGCUUCCAGCACCUUGUUGAAUCUAUGCCACGAAGAAUUGAGGCAGUUCUGAAGGCAAAAGGGGGUCCAACCCGUUACUAGCAUGGUGUACCUAAUAAAGUGGCCGGUGAGUGUAUGUUCCUAAGCAUAAAAUUGCAAAAGAAAAAUUGAGGAUUUUAUCACUAGAAAACCUUGAUCUUGAUAUAGACACAUUGGCAACUUCUGUGGCCAUCAAAAUCUGUUUUUAUCAACAUUAUACACAGCAUACCAACUCAUAUGGAAUUGGGGUAACUAGAUGAUACAAAUGUUUACCCAAUGAGCAUGACGUAUAAGAAUAAUCAGCAUAAAAGUCCUUCACCGUUUUAUUAAAUCUCUCAGUAGAAGAAAACACUGAAGAUUAUAUUUAUAUCUCGUUAUAAAACAUGGAUUAGUGAUUUUGCCUGCAGGUUUCUGAAUCAAAAUCAGUUUAGUAAAAUGAACGUUAGACGGUGGUAAAUGACAUGUCAUCGUGAUCUGUUUAAAAAUUCAUGUUUUUAUGAGGCACAUGAAUGUACUGUCUUUGCAAGAGCUUUGUGUUUGCCAUCCCAGCAAUUUAACAACGACGCUACACUUUGAAUUAUGACCCGUGUUACUGACUAACAUGAGCUCUUGUUAGCUUCAGAUACGUCAUUAUAGCCAAUUAUAGAAAAGUAACAAAAGCAGACCAUAUUAAUCGCAAUGAAUGAGCGCGGUGUCAUUAGCAUAAAGGUACGUAUUCUAUUUUCCUGAAAACCAGCAGUCAAACCUCUCUUUAAAGAACAUACCUCAACUCUCCAUGACAUGACUGAGCUGAGCACUGCAGCAGCAGAAAACUUCCAACCCUUUGUAAAACUGAGUCACACAGACAGGCAUGUAUAAAAAAAAAUCUUUAUAAAAACAGCCCUCAGGUAAUAUUUGACAAGCUGGCUACUGGACUACAGAAAAGCUACCCAUGGGGGACGCACCAGCAGAUGUUAAUAUAAACUCUGUGCCAAUCAGAGUAAAGUCCAUCCGUCUGUAAAUACUUUGCAUAAGUUAGGACCUAAAGGAAAGCCUAAAGGACCCUGUCCACAGCAGAGAUUUUGCCUUGUCAAAGAAAAGACAGAAUAAAUAGCGUAACAAUGUUUGCUGCAUCCCAUUUAAUGGAGCUCGUUCCCCAAAGCUGGUGUUUUACAUGCCCCCUCACAACAUAGCUUUCUGGGAAACCUGAUUAACUUCAGUGUUUGCUUCUGUUUUCCUGCUCAGACGAGUCAAACUGUGACAUUUUAAAAUUAUGACACUUAGCGGUUUUAUGUUUUAAAUUCUAGUUUAUGCCAUGUGAGGAUUGUUCAAAAGUCAAAAAAGUAACAGUACAGGUAAAAAAACUUUUAUUUUUUCUUCAAAAGUGUCAGAGGUAUAAAAAAGGGGUCAAGAACAAGAUUAUAAAACCUUUUUAAAGUGAGGAAUCAGGUUGUCAGAGUCAGUGACCUUCCUUAUUUUUACCUUUUCAUUGAUCAAACUUUGACGUGUUCUGGUGGAACAGUUCUGUUACAAAAACAUCUUUCUGUCCCUGCAGUGUUAAAUGGAGGCGAGCAUCUUUGUAUGUUGAACUUUUGAGUCAAUAAAUCAAAUUGAAAGUUUGACUGAUAAUAAUAAACUUGAAGAAUUAGUGUGUUAAACAUUAGUAGCUUUGUUAGUCGAGGUUUUGGUACUUUGCUCUUUCCAUUGAUUUUUUUUAGAAAAGUACUCUAAAAGUCCUAAUACUGUGUCACUGUGAGCAGCACAAAAUAACUGUUUUAAGACAUAUAAAACGAGAAAAUGAGCUAUAACUUGCAGUGUGUUGAAUUGUGAAUGAACUGUGCGCUGUCUUGGCUUCACAUUUUUAUCAUGUUCAUCAUGUGAUUUGCACGGAGUUAAUAUUUUAAAGUAUUCAAAUAAAACUUAAAUAUUUUAAUACUCUCAUAACCAUGAAGUUGCCCUUUGACCAUUCCACUUUGUCGCUCCUGUCUUCUUAUUAAAAUUACAGUCAAGCCUUGAAAUUAAGGAAGUGACUCCUCCACUCCUGCAUGUAACGAGAGAUUAAUCAUCCCGCGAAGCUAGUUCUUUUUAAUUUUAAAUGAUCUUAAUUACCGAGCUAAGACUCUUGAAUGCUGGAUGUUGGAAUUUUUCAGAAAAUGUGGAUUUUAUUGAAUCAGAUACCUCUAUCCAGAUAGCUCAUUUUCAAAUAAACACAAAGUAUUUGUGCCCUAAUAAAAAGGAUAAGGGCCUAAAAACGGGAGGCAUCCUAUUAAAUCUAUUAUUUUAAUAUCAGUGUCCUGCUGAUUAGUUACAUAAGCUACCACACGGUCUUAAUGUCCCCUACAACCCAAGCAUGGAAAAGAUGGAAAUAAAUGGUCAGUACAUCACCGAGGUAAUCAAGUGGGCAUCUUUCCUAAUUGGUGUUUCCACAAGUUAGGUCCAUGACACAUCAGAGAGGCUCAGUCGUUCGCUUCCAGCAUCCGAGAGCCACCCACCUCCAUGCCAGCUCCCAGUGGCAGUGCCCAUCGUACCCACAAAUAACAAUCACAGCACAGGCCAGUCACCAAUUUUAUGUUUCAGUGAUACUACCUGCCUUUAUCACAUGGACCCUAAUGACUCCCUGCUUUUUUGACUGGUGUUAAUCACAUCCCUGAGUCUGCAGAGAGAUGCAAUAGGAGAGAGGGAAGACAAAGCCAGGUCAAGAAGCCAAGAAGCUUGACUCUGCUGGAUAAGGGUGUAUGCUCUAACUCCUCUACUCUCUGCUGUAUGAGGGAAGAAAAAAAGGGAUUAUUGAUACUUAAACCAACAUCACAAGACCAAAGAAGACAAAUAAAGAUAGGUAAAAUCACAUGAUUAAAGGGAAAAAAGUGGAUAGUGGACUUCUAUAGUUAAACACUCGUCCAUAUUGUCUUUCUGGGGAUAAACAAGGACACAACAUUACUGUUUUGCGAACUUCCAAUCACUGUCUACAUCUCAGUGUCCGUGUCUGUAGAUGUUUUUUUCUCCUCCUCUUUCUCUUUGUUUUCUCUUGACCCUAAAAGUGAUGGACUUUGACAAUCACGGCUGACUCCUGUAGAGACUAGCGUGUUAACUCUAGCAACGGGAAGCUUUUAACAAGCAAGCAGUCAUACAUCAAGCUGUUUCCGACAGCCUAAGCAGCCUGAAAUGCUGUCUAAUUUUGACAUCAGCGCCUGUCUUGUUUUAGUCCUGCUCCUAAAACUUUGCUGUAAAGACGGAUUCAUGCUGUCUCAAUUUUUGAGUCCUAAUCUACGUGGCUCUGUGCCCAGUGUACUGGCAAAAAACAGUAAAGCACCUAAUCAGGAAAAAUGCAGUUUUAAACAAAAAAAUUAAAUGUGCAGAUUUAUUAACAGACUUAAUAAAGAGUGUGAUGAGGGGGAAAAGCGGAGGCUAUUUUUUUCACCAUUUUGGUUUCAGAUUUCAUAAACAUAUUCGAUUGAUUUGAAUGAUUUCAAAGUCAAAUAUUUCCUUCCCCUGCCUGUAAACACCCCGAAAAUUGUCAGAGGCACCGAUUAGCAAUCUUAUCUUGAUGAUGAUGAUGUGAUUACAUUUGCACAAACCGAGCAAAUACUUUAAAAUAAAGAUUAAAGGGAAAUACUUGAGGCAAAAGAGAAUAAAACAGAGAGUGGAGAAACCCUUAAUGCCACUCAUGACCUCUGAUCAUCCUUUAAAUCCAAGCACAGACACACAUAGACGGGAUAAAAGUCUGCUCUACACCAGGUUUGUGAAGCUUGUCUUGUUUAAUGCUCCAGCCGGCCAAAUUGUCCUAUUAAUCAAAAGGAAUUAGAGAAGCUAGCAUAAGUAGCGGGACAGCCAAACUUGCAGGAUUAAGGGGAACAUAUAUAGUUAAGUUUUGUGUCCUCAAACGCAUGGCUUUAGUUAUUUCAUAUUAGAGGAAUUACCCAAAAGCCGGCGUGUGUUCUGAGUAGUUUUAAUUAGCUGUGUUACACUGGACCGACCUCUUAAUCAAAAGCUGUUGAGAAUACUGAGGGGAGCUCUUCUUUCUCUUCUGUUAUUCUUACAGAUUUAUGUUAAAAUCUGGAUUUUCAGACCCAUAGAGAUGAUCUGUGAAUCAUAGAUAUGUAGGAAAACACCUUUAAUGAAGGUAGUACCCUAGUUCGGUGAAAAAAUAAGAAUUUCAGGGUGGCUGCGGUCUAAAAUGUGAUAUUUUUCAUUUUCAAGUAUUUAUGCUAAUUUUUGUGUUAAGCUUGAGCUUGUGUUUGACCAAUAUUCCUUUUUUAUCUGUUUUUUCCCCUAAAUUUUGUAAAAUAAAUAAGAAAAUAUUGUUAUUCCAUGCACAUGACAAAUUAAAGCACCCUUGAGGAUUUUUUUCAACAUCCAUGAAAAAGACUGAAAUUCAUAUUGAUGUUUUUUAAUGAUAUCCAAAAGCACACAACACCAUCAGCAACAUGACUGACGAUUUUUAUAUUGCAAUUUUUAACUCAUGACCACGAUGAGAGGGUGUAGGUGUCCACCCAGCAGCUGAAGAGACAGCCUGUUUUUUAUAAACACCACAUAAAACAGUCACAGUUAAUUACACAAAGUCAGCUGGACUAGAUAUUUUGUCAGAAGGUAAGUUAAAGCAUAGGAAUCACAAAAUAAGUAAAGUCUACUUUGUCCAUAGGGGGGCGCCAGAAUUGAUGCAAAUCAUAAGUUCAUUACAGUUGUUUGAAACACUAGACAGUAAUUGUUUAAGGUUUAAUAUGCUUCAUUUAGAGAGUGUCAAUAAUGCUCAACAGCAGUCACACUGAUGAGACUGCCUGUAGUGUCUGCAGACAACAUAAGUAAACUUUUUUAACAGUCUUAUGAGCGCAGUCAUCGCCAAACUGUUUAAAAUGCUAUGAAUCAGUCAUGUAGUAUGUAUAGAGUGGAAUCUGGUCUUAGUUCCUGAGUGUCUUUGUUAUAACCAACUGUGUUACCAGCUUUUAUGUCACCCAGGACCUGCACUUUAUAGAUAUAUCCCAAACAGCAUUUCUUUACUGUAUGCUCUUGUUACUCUUUGCUCAGAAUGAUCAGCUUCAGUGUUUUUAUAAUUGCUUGACUCUCUGUGACAUUCACUGAAACUUAAAAUGCCCUGUUUAUCAAAAUUAAGAUUCCAUGAAAACAACUAAAAGACAUGUUUAUUCCUCUACUGCAUGUUGUGCUUUUUAUUAGUUAUGAAUAACUUGAAAAGUUUUAUCAUUUUUGUGAGAACAGUGCCGAAAAACAGUAAUCCCAGUCAUAAUACACAAAACUACAUAUAAUUUACAAGUAUGUAGUAUGCACAUUGGCUGCCUAAAUGCAGACUAACUCUGAAAAUGCUGCAGUAUUUGUUGAAAUUCAUGUAAAACAGAGUUGUUUCAGUUGCAAAUUGAAGUGGUUUGAAGAAAAGAUCAUGAUUUGACAUUACCAUAAAUUGUGGGUCAAACAUCGUUAGGUAAAUGAGGGAGCGGGUGUUGCUUUUAUUUCGAUGCCAGUCACAUCCCUGAAACUGUUUUUGCUCCACCAUCUCAUGUAAAAAGAGCGACAAAGGGAGGGCUUGUGCCUCAGACCCAUGUCCACCUAACUCCCCCUCUUUCCUCCUACCAGUCACAUGACUCUGGAUGAUUUCACCCAGUAACUCCCCCCUGUAUCCCACACGCACAUAAAGCCACUCACACUCUCGGCUCUAAGCUAUUUCUGGUCGGUAGUGACCACAGGGGGCUUUAAAAUAUCUUUAAUGAGCAUGCAUGAUUAUGUGUGAACUGUAAAUGUCCACUCCUGCAAAGGGACACCUGUGUUUAUACCCUCCUCUUUAUCCCUCAUGUAGUUUCACAUUUGAGGAGAGGGGGAAUGUUUCUCUGGGGAGUAGGGACAGGUUUUCCUUUUAUGAGUGUGUUUGAUAUUCGGGACAUGCUCCGGCCUUAAGAGCUCCAUGAUUCAUUGCAGGAGGCGACAUUCGCCCCUAGCUGAGAUCCACAGCAGAGACUAAUAAUAGUCUAGCCUGACUUCUUAUCCCAUGUGACUUUCUUAAUGCUACCUUACACCCAGAAAAGUAGUUUUACAAAGAUAUUGACUCUGAUGUUUCCUCUCAUGGAAUAAAGAUAUAAAAGGGCAGCAUCUUUUCGACGCGGCUGACAGUAUCUACGCACAAAAGGCCCCUUUGUUUUAUUAUGAGCCCAUAAAUGGCACUCCUCCAAGUUGGUUCGAGUGAAACUCAUUCUGGGAGAGCAGGAAAGCGUGUGCCUGGUGGUGUUAUUUUGAUUUAUAUUGAUUGGUGCGUUUCCUAGCAUAAGACAUGCCCCUUUGUUUUUAAUGAAAGCUCGCACAGGCUUUUGGGAGACCGAAGCCCGUUUAUACCCUGAAAUGUCUUUAAAUUUUGUGCACAUACUCUCUCUCUGUCUCUGUCUGUCACUGGGCCUCGUGUGUAUGUGUGACUUACUGUAUGUUUUGCUAUCACUUUAUUAUUUAUACCUUGUACCUUUUAAUAGGAAAGAAAAGUUUAUGUUUUGCUUUAAAGCCAUGCCAUUCAACAUUGAUGACACUUUGAUGCCCCUCUCUUUUAACCCAGAUUUUCUCUCUCAAACUCUAUUUAUAAAAAUUUCAUCACAUCCCGGAUGGAGGACGCUGCUGUCACAUGGGGGCACUGUUAAGCUGUAAAUUGCAUCAGAGUGAUAUAAGGCUGUGAUACCCCCACAAAAUGGUUGCAGCAAAUUCACCAAUAAACCUAAGGACAAUUAUAGAUUCCUCCAUUUUAAUCUUUUUUCUUAUACAGCCUGGGAAGCCUGGAAAUAUAUGAUGUCAGUUUGUUUGUGUGUUUACUUAUCCUCACGGACUGUUGCAGCACUUCUCAGGGUGAUGUGUUUGUCAUUAAGCAGACGUGGUGGGGAUGUGUGGGUGGAUGCACGUGCCAUAUGCGCUGUCCCACUAUGACAAUAACAUGUCAUUGUAAUGGCCGGUUUGUUCUUUCUUUCAGGCAUAUGGAAUGUCUGUGCUGCCUUUGAAUCUGAUAAAAGGCACACGGAGCGUGGCGUACGAGCGCCUGGAGAACACAGAGGACAUUGACGACGUUGAGCACCAGAUAGAAAAGCUGAAAUCCAAGGUUGGUUUUAAAACAAAAGACACAAAUCACAGACAAGAUGUGUGGCACUAAGACAUGCAAACACGUGUAAAUUAUUCACAGGUCAUGGAGUAACUUCUUUUAAUAACAGCUGGGAGUGAAAACACACAGAUCGUUAGCAGGAACAUUUGAGUUUUUGUCUUAUUUUUACAGUUCAAUGUUGUCAAGAGUGUAAUCAUGGAUUCGUUGAAAGGCACACAGGCAUCGCCUUCAGCUAAACAGUCCCUCCUACUUAUCUUACUGUCAUGCUUCACUGUCUCCGCAUGCAAUUAUGGAUAGUUAGCAAUGUCCUUAUCAAAGAGUGCCGCACAAGUACAGUCAUGUAGUUUGUGUUAUCAGCAGCGUUUGCCAAUGUCAGUUUACCCCUCCUCCUCCUCUGUCCCCAGCAUCUAUAUAUGUAUUUACCAAUAAGCAUCUGUAACUUUUAUCAGAUCUGACAUACCCAAAAAACAAAUUUUGACUUGCUUAAAUUUACAAUAAUGUCAGAGUUAUAGUUAUUUUACUAACAUAUGUAAGUCAUCGUAAAUCUAUCGAGACGGUUUAACCUUAGAUGCUCUUUCAGAGGUAAACGUACACACACAGGUGUAUGCUUCAUCGAUUUAUUUGGUUGUUUGUUGGUCUUGUCGCCAGUGUACAGAUGGGCGUCCCCUUUCCUCCAGGGACAGACACAACCUGCAGGAGCUGGAGGGUAAACUGCAGGUCCUGCGGCGCAGAGGGAGACACCUGGAAAUUGCAGAGAGGAACUGCUGCACCAAAGUGGGCAGCGCUCUCAGACCGGUCAAGGUGAGACAGAGUUAAGGAGUUAGCUGCCAUUAACAGAGGUAGAGUUUAGAGCGAGUAGAGAUCGUAGAUUAUCAGAAGUUAAAUAUUCAACCUAAUGGAGUUAGCGUUAUGUCUUCUGGCCUUGUUUCGUUUGACGUUAAGGUCAAACCAAGGCAUGAAUCUCUUAAUGUUUCUGUUGUUUUAAAAAUAUCUUGUUUGGCCAAGUGUCAUCCUAUUGUUCAUAUCCUCCAGCUUCACCAUCUCCCUCCCUAUGUGUGUCUUUGUGCUCAACUUUUAAUCUGGACUGCUCUAGAUUUACUUUUAGCUCCACUUUACACAACCGCAUAUUUACUUGAUUCCCAUGGGGAGUCUCUUCACCUAAUUUACUCUGAAGUCUCGCUGGGAGUCUCACAUUUCCAGGCAGGAUGCCAUGUUUCCCCAGGGAUAAACCAAAGCAACCACAAGUUUCUAUUUGAUAUACUUUUUUUUUUUUUUUGACUUGGACCAAUACCUGGACUUCAUGUGCAAUUUCAAAUUGUUUUUCACACGUAUUCAAAUUUGGCCGAGAGGGAUCGGCAGGAGUGGGGUUAUAACACCACUUCUCCUAGAUUGAACAAACGCUGCCACCUUUGGACAUGUUUGUGCACCUCUGUUGAGAAUAUGACUUCUGGCAGUGCGUUUUUCCACCCUCUUAUCCACAGUGAGCACACGGAAGAAAUAAUAGACAGCCAGUCAUGGUGCAAAAUAACAGCACUGAGUUUACAUACCACUAUGAAUGACAAUUGAUAAGCAAUAACUGAACUCUGUCUCAGUACAGCCUAAAGGGACUCAUUAGAUACUAAGUGUUUACAUUGUUCUGUUGCAAAAAAAAUGUACUUAUUACCAUCACAACCAUGAAAUAUUUCUUUUAUAUACAAAUUCCAAGAGCUAACUUCCUUGUUAAGUAAAACCCCUGUGGCAAAAACAUGAUUUCACUCAGUUUUACAUUACUAAGGUUGCAUUUUUGAUUACAGAAAACACUCAUCAAAAAAACACACAUACCACUAAGAAUAAGCUCAAGUGAUGCUUCACUGAUUCUGUUAUUUCAAUGCAAAUGAACAAAAAACUGCCCCAAAACUUGGCUCCAUGGUUUAUGUGAUGGUCAUCUGUCAAGAAUCUCUCUCCUGGUUACCUGGGUGACCAUUCUCGCCCCAUCCAGAUGUGUACAAUUGGUUGGCUCACAAGCAGCGACACUCGCACAUUGUUGAAAAGCGCAGGCGGGGGGUGGGCGGAUGGCUCAUACUGUAGAAACUGUAUGACAGAAAACAUCAGUGCUUUUUCAAACAGUGGCACACCUUGAACCUCAAACAAUCAGAUUGACAGAGUUUGUGUCACAGUUAUAAAACCUAAAAGAAAAACUGCCUCUUAAGGCGCUGUGAGGAGUUCUUCACUGAUUUUGAAUAGUGUCGUUUUUAUACUGAUCUGCACAGGGAAAUUAGAUAAUCAGUGAAAAGAUUGGUUAUUUUUUUAUACUGACUUCUUUUGACUGGUGCCUGUGUGUGGAUUAAUUAAAGAAAAGGCCAAGUUGAUAUUCAGUACCCACCUGAAAGGGUCUUCAUGAUGUCUUUUUUUCUGACACUGAUGCAGAAUAAGCACAGAGACAGCAUUUUCAGAUGGAGAAACUUUCAGGGCUUUACCAAUCUAAAAUGUUGAUGUGAAUGUGUGAGUGCUUUACUGCUCUUUGGAUGCUGAAGGUAAACUCAAUAUCAAUGUCAAUGUCAGCUUUAUCUAUAUGGCAAAUUUAAAACAGCCAGUGGCCUACCAAAGUGCUUUACAGUAAAAUAGCCAGAAACAAUAAAAAUAUAAAAACAAUAAAAGCAUAAUACAUAUAAAACAACAAUAUAGAUAAACAGCAAAUAAAUAAAAACCCAAUAAAAGUAACAAUACUACCCCAAAGGCUACAGUGAACAGGUGCAUCUUUAGAGUAAACUGUGCAUAUUUAUCAUAUUAAGACACUUACUGGGGCACCAGAGCAAACAUCAUGACACAAAGGAUACACCAGGUAAUGCUGAGCUGAUACUUUUGUACUUACAAACAGAAGUAAGUGAGAAUUUACCAAGUUCAAUCGUAGUUUCAUCAUUUUGUUUUUGCAGUAGCUACAAACCUUGUCUUUAACUCAUCAAUCUGCAUCUGCAAGUUGUCUUGUCUUCAAAGGGUUCACCAGAAACAACACAACAUGAAAGUUGUAUAUAUAUAUAUAUAUAUAGUAUACUGUAGAUAUCUACAGUAUACUAUACACAGUAGAUAUACUGUAGGCUACUGCUCUUCACGCUGACAGGAAGGCCGAGUGAUCAAACUCAGACCAGAAAAGCGUUUUCUGCGCCAUCUACAGGAUAAGUUGGGGAACUUUUUAAAUGGCGGAACAUUUUCGAAGUGAAACCGAAUCUUAUUCUACGCAUUUUAUUUCUGAAAAUAUCGGCCAAAAUCGGCGAGUUUUGGCCGAUGACUGUUUAGUCUCAAACUAGCUAAAAUUGGACGAUUUAAUCAGCUCCUUACUGCGUAAAUCUUUGCAGCUUUUAUGGAGUGACUUAUUUACUUCUCUUUUUUUUGUUUCUUGGUGCAUGUUUUAACUACUUUAAUUCUUAAGUGUGCAUGGCAUACCCACACUGUCUGUCCAUACAUGAAAGGAAAAACCACCCCAUACUGUAUUAACAGCAUGUCUCAGUGUUAGAGACAGGAGAAGUUUCAAAUCAUUUUCCUAGUUCACAUUUUACGACCCCACUGCUAUCCAUUUUCCAGUAUUUUACCGCACGGCAGGCAUGCUCAAACAUUUAAAAGCAGUGUCUGUAACAGUUUGUCUCGAACCAAGGGGGCUGUGGCUAAUGACAGUCCCCAGACUCGAAAUUUUAACAGUAAUGAGAUGGGAGAUUUAUUUACUGUAUGCUCAGGCACUGGUGUGGAGUGAUAAGCCGAAGGAUUGCGAUUUCUCCGGAGCAGUUGUGCCACUGUUACUCCAACACAUGCUGUCUUUUUUAUAUCAACCCCAGUGGUGAACAGAAAUGGCUUAUUUAACAUGAUCAGCUACAGUUUCAAAGUGCACAGACCUCUGAAACCAUAACUUUGUUUUUUUUAGUAGGAUCUCAGAUGAAGGAAAAAAGCCGGUUAGUGUUUUUAAUGAAUAAUUUAUAAUGCAACACCAUUCUCUUUGUUUAAAACUCAGCUGCUUUAUCAUUUAAACUUUUGUUGUUUAUAUUCCUAAGCGUCCAUUUUCAUAAUAUUUUCUUCUGACAGCAAAGACUUUAGUUGCAGAACUAAGUUUGGCAAUCUCUCUGCUUUUAUAACAAGAUUUAGGCAGUUUAAUAAGAGCAUUUAAAUAAUUGCAUUCCUCUUAGCUUCCUGUUUUAGUUGUUUAUAUCAACAUUUAAUGAUGACGGGGUGUUAACUGUAAUUUUCUUGAUUGUAAUUUAAACCGAAGUCAAUUAGUAAAGACUCCAAAUGAUGUUUUUUCUACACUAGUGAGGUUAAAUUGUGUAGUUUUGUUUCGCUGAUUACUUCCUUUUUAUCAUAAUUGUGUUGACCUUGAUAUAGCAAUGUCAAUGAGAGUGACAGUGAGAAACUAAAUAAGCCAAACACAUUUAUUUAUUUUUUUCUUUUUAUCUCAUCAUUCAUCCUAAAAAAAAAGCCAGCACUUUAAUUAGUGUGCUUACAAGCAAGACUGUGCGACACAUAACCGAUAAAUAAACACAUUUUUAAUAAAUGUUCAUAAUUUCCUAAUGUGUUCGUCUCCCGCUUCAUCACUUCUGUUGGUACAGAAUAUUCUUGCCAUAAGGGCUCCUUGAAGGAAAGCAGUUGAUUGGGUUUAUUGCCUUUUUGGCUGCCACCCACCUUUUGCCUCCCUGGUUGAAACCUCCCCGCUCUGUCUGGAUUGUGCCAUUGCUUCCCCCCUGUCACCGCGGGCAACAGUGCCAAACUGUGCCCGGCCGAGCCAUAUGGUCUCUCCUUGACAGAGGAGAUGACAGGAAGGUGAUCCAGUGGACGCCUUUGAAAACAAACCUUUUUUUAUUUUUGGUUCAGUCGUGGGAUUUACUGUAAGCCCUUUUGUUGUGGGUACAUAUCAUGGUGCAGUGUUGUUUUUUUAUUUAUUCUGUUUUGUUUUCUCUGCAGAUAGUGUUGGGUAUUUUCUUUAUCCUGGUUGCUCUUCUCUUCACUGUUGCCCUGUUCAUUUCAAAGUAAGUUAAGAUCACUCUCGACACAUAACAACUAUUAAAGAUGAUUCAUUGUGCUUCAAAUUUAUACCGAUGUUUAUGUUGUUUUUGCAUGUUUCAGUUUGGACAAAGCCCUCCACUCUGCUGGCAUCAGCUCCGGGUUCAUAAUCUUUGGCACCAACCUCACCAAUCCUCUGAACGAACUUCUAUUAGCCUUACAACCCGUGAGUAUCCUUUCAUCUGUCAUGCUGAAAAGAUUAUUAUCCUCAAUUAAGAUAUGCUUAGAGCUAUAUUUUCCUGUUUCCAUCAUCAUUAACCUAAAUGAAGCGUCAAUUAAAAGCUUUAUUCUUGGCUAUCCUUAAAUGCACUUGUGAAACUGUUAACUUGAAGUGCAUGUGCUCCGGCGGCACACUGCAGGAGCUAUGUAAAUCACAAAAUCCUGAACUGCAGAAAAAGCCUCCUCAUACAUUAAAUGAGUCAUUUUGAGUUAAAUGUUGUUUCAUUACUUUUAAAUAAAGUCUGACAGGUUCCACUUAUAUUUUAACAGAGGCUAUAAGAUAACAAAAUUGCAACCAUAGAAAUCCUACCCUCAUGAGUCACGCUCACAAGUGCAGUUUGCAUACCACAGUAACUUCAGAAUAAUUGCAUUUUCAAAGGGAGCAGAGCCGAGAUAAAAAUUCCUACCUGACAAGCACAUUAAACACUCCUGUAAGUGGGAGCAUAAUAGAUGUCAAAAAGAAAGGAUAAAGAUUAGUGACUUAACUCCAAAAUGAUUAAAUUAACACCUUUUUGACUCCGUCUUGUAAAAAAUAUGAACUGUAGCUGAUAAAACUCAUUCACAAGACCAUGCAGGAUGAUGCUCAAGUGACUAUUCUGUAAACCGUAAAGAUGCUGGUAAUCUGUGAGAUGGCAAAAGUGGAAGCUGUAAAACAAAGAUCCCUAAGCUACUCUGGACUCUACCACCAGGUCCUCUGUAGCAUCCCUAAGACAAUGUCACACCAGACCUAAACCAGAUACAUGUUCAGUCCAUUUCUGCCCUGAUCAGGUUUGGCUUGGUGCCUCCUCAUCUGUCACCACCCACCUGCUGCGUUUUUAGACAGCAGCACCUGCCAGCUGGAGUCACAAGACGACCAUCCCUGCACCCCAAUCUGUAAAUGCUUUUCAAAAUACAUCCAAAAACGGACCAGUUCAGACAGGCUUUGGUUCAUUAUCCCUCUUCUGUCAUAAAUACCUGUUUCUAAUAUCCAAGGGCUGUGUACCUAUAGCUGUGGUUCAUGUAGUUCUGGCACUUGUUUACAUAUAUGUUUUAUCUAUGUUGACUUAUUUACAAAGGAUUAUCUGUCUUAAAUACAGACUCAGUGGUCUUCUUACUUCAUCAUGAGCUUUGACACUGCCUACCUGUUGACUCAAGUUCUGGUUGUUCUUGCUGUGACCGUUUGAUGGUAUAGUUCGGUGGAACUUAAUCCGGCGCCAACACAGUCAGGGUACUUUAUUCUGAAAGUUUUAAUGUUGCCCUGGUGUCUGGCUUUCUGUCUCCUCCCAUCUGCCCUGUGCUGGUCAUGCUCAUGUAUCCAGCAAAUAUGGAAGUCAUGCAUACGUGCUGCAGAAGGCCUAAAGUGUCCAGAAACACAACCCUGCACAACCAGCAGAAGCAAACAAACUGACUAAAGUUGAAGUUAGGGACGGACCAAACACAGAUGGUGGAAGUUUUCGGUGUAGUUACUAGAUCAUAGAUAGUUAAGUCUUUUAGAAAUGAAAUGACAUUUUCAUUCAAGUUUUUAUUAUUAUGUUAGUCAUACAGGGAAAAAAAUUGAGUACUUAGAGCCGAUUUCAGAAGUUACACAAAAUAAUGCAUCAAAAAACUCUAAGCCUUCCUGUUCUUGCCUGCUGUUUUGAUAAAGUGGCAUUUAAAUGAAGUAAAACUUUUGUUAAUCAUCUCCCAAACUGAAAAACUAGCACUGAGCUUUGAUCACAUUACUUUGUUAGAAAUAUAAAUUGUUUUUUACAGAAAUGAAAUGGGAUUGAAAAGCUUAAAAGUCCAUAAAAGCUUAAUUCUGAUGCUGUCACCUAGAUGUAAGUGGUUGCCAAGAAUGAGACUUUUCAUCUCCCUGCUCUUGGAUUUCAUCUUUUUUGCCACAAUGAACCCUUCGGAUUUAAAAGCUGGUGCUAUCAGCAAUAUGGUUGGCUGAGCAAAAUUUAUUAGAAAUUUUUAAGAGAUAAGAUAAACUUUAUUGAUCAUCCACUAGGGAGGAAAUCUUCUUUCUCCUUUUUUAAGUUGUGCACCAAAGAGACUGACAGAAUUUUGUUACACUUCCAUUUCUUCUUCCCUCCGAGUGAAGUUUAUUGCCGCAGGUCUGGACACCGAGCAGAACAUCCUCUGUUGAACUUAAUAUUCUGCUGCAGGGGUUGGAGGGAGAAAUGACUGACAGCUCAGACCAUUAAAAAAUUGGCCCAGAGAUAGUGGCAUUGAUUAAACGUCUAAGACCAGUGUUUAGAAGAAUGACCCUGCUAUUUAAAGAAUUAAGUGCACCGUGCCAAAAAUGGAAACUGAUAUAGGAUCAAGUUUUAGGUGAAAUCGUGUUCACGGAAACUCAUCUUAGAUGUCUCUGCUACAUGUACUGUGCUUUUUUGUUCAAACUAAACCUCACCAGAAGCCCAACAGUACAGCAGUUCAGAAAUACUUAACAAACAAUAUAUUCUGAUUGGGAAUGCAAAUAAUCCAUGACGUUGUUAACAAUCCAUUAUUGAUCAGAUCAUUUUCCUGUAAUUGCAUAUUUUUACAGCAACAUACAGGACUGACUGAUGGUUUUGCAAAGCGACAGAACAAAGAAGAUGUAUAAAUUGUUAAACAUGUAAAGCAAGCUCAUAACAAUAAUUUCAGCGGCUGAAUAGUCAUACAAAACGAGGCUCAAACUACUUAAUAUGGAGUUGCUGCAACACCAGAAACGAUCUAAAAUAGGCCAAUUCUAGACUCACAGUAUCCAGUUCUGUGCAUAUGUGUUCUCAUUGAUAAAAUAAGCUUGUCUACACAGUUCGGUGUCAGACAAGAACACAGCUGGGUCAUAAUCAGUCUGGCGGCAGAAAACUCACGCUCGGGAGACGUUGAUGUUGCUGGUGUGCAGAUACAUGCCGGCCUUGUUGGCGUUAGGAAUCACUCUGCAUUGAUUUUUCACCCGUCUGUCCGGUAAAAAGUUUCUCAAUCUGCGGCUGUUGACUUAGUGUGUGCAGUACUUGGUACCCAUUGAAACAGGCUUAAAACACUACAAUGACAGGUGAAUGUUAAAUAAAACUAUAUUUAUUCAACUCUAUCUUUAUGUAUCACAAUUAAUUACCUUCUUACAGAGUUUUCUAUGCUGCAUACUCUGUCCAAUCAAAGACAGGCUCUGCUGUCUCAUGUCAACACAAUCCAGUCAAUAAUCGUACAUGCUCAUUAACAUCUGGGUCACCAAUGUAAAGCUGUUAUGAAGUUUAGUGUAAGGGUGCAAAGGGGUAAUGACGGUAGAGGUUUGUUGUGACACUGCAGAUGGAUCGCAUUGUAAGUGGGGCCUCCAUGCUUGUAGGUUUGGGUGCCUUCGGGUACACCAUGUACUAGAAGUCACUGAUUACUGGAAGAUCAAACAUAAAAAGUCAUUUAAUUACACAACCUAUGACCGUUAUUUCAUUUUCAUCUUUUCAAUCUAACAUUACUCUUUACUGAAAACAUGCUGAUUAUUUUAGGUAACAUUCUGACUUGGCUUUUAACACGACUAGUGUUGAUGCAAGCUGGAGGAGAUGGUUACUAUAGUAACAUGGUUAGAUUUUUUCUCCUCUGGAAAGUAGUAGAAGAAGAGCAGGAGAAAGUGAUGAAGUGUUCUGAAGGUUUUUAAGGUGAGUGACUGAAAGCUCAGACAGCAGGGCUCUAACUUUUGACUGUUACCCUGAAUGUCACAUUAGAUGUCAAAAAGAGGCACAUCCACCGCGCUUCCCUUCAGAUGCAUUACAGUAAUAACAGGAUAAGCAAACCCAUUUUACAAAUCUUGCAGCUGGUCCUUUCCUUUGCCGUGCAGUUUUAGCAGAUGACAGUGUUGAAUUGUUCACCAUUAUUUUGCUAUAUUUUGUUUCCCUGUCCUGUCCCGGUCUCUGGAAGUGCAACUCUCAGCAAAGAUAACACUGUUGUUUACUAUUUCUACUAUGUUUGCAUUAUUUAUUCAUUUAUUUUUCUGCGACUAAGCUGAAGAGUCCUGCUCCUUAUUUUUCUGCAUUAAUCUUGUAAAACCAACAAAAAAAGUUCAAUAAUCAAAAACUCCUCACAUUAGUGUCUGAAUACUUUGCUGACUCUUAGAAGCUUUGGCAGGACCAGCUGAUAUUGUAAUAGUUGCUCAUUAAUAACUUGAAGUAUCCUUGAGGAGUAACAAACCUUUAUUCGGCUCUUAAAGCUGUGAUGAAUUCAGUUACAUAAAAGUUAGUUAUUCAUUGUUGGUCAAUGUCAGGUCUCUGUAAAUGAUAAACCAAAGAGCUUUUUGUGUCCCUGAUAAGUGAUGUAAGAAACCUUUAGCGAUAUAUCAGCGCUGCAUUAAUAGUAUUUAAACUGCUUUCUUGAUUAUUCAAUUAAUCAAGGAAGAUUUCUACGUUGUAUGUGCGCUUAUGCAACAUUUGGAUCUAUUCAUGAAGAAGUAGUUUAAUUUUGAUUUUUUUUUCCCACAAAAUUUUUAUCAUGGGGUUCGAAAGAAAGCUUUUUAUUGAUGGUGAUGCAACAGUAUAUUCAAGAGGCCACUGACACGAUAACAGCGUGUUUAACACUAGUCUGAGUUAGGAAGGGUGCAACUAUGUAAUGUGAAAUGCAAAUUGCAAAUGUUUAAACCCAUAGAGAUAUGAUGCAUCUACUAUAUAUCUAUAUUUGAUAUGUGAUGCUUGAUCUUGGGUGAUCUGUAUUUUAAGGGUAAUGCAUCGCCCCGCAUAUCCAGUGUUGCCAAAUUAGCGACUAUGUCACUAGAUUUAGCGACUUUUCAGACCCCUCUAGCGACUUUUUUUCCAAAAAACGCCUAGUGACAAAUCUAGCGAUUCUUUUCUAGAGUUUGGAGACCCUAAAAUGAAAGCAGGUAUCGAUGUUACUCUUCUCAACAGGUAGAGGGUGUGCACUGAAAAUACCUACUACACAAACAUACAGACACACACUAACACUGCGAGGAAAACUCCUCCUCCAGGGGGGUUAAACUUAAAAAUUAGGCAAAUUAGACAAUUGCGUCUUCUAGCGACUUCUAGGAUCACCACUAGCAACUUUCCUUACUGAGGAGUUGGACCUGUAAAUGUUUUGUGCUUUUCAAAAAUCAAAACAUAAAGAGUUUGAGACAUUUCCAUAUUAAAGAUGUAGCUCAUCCCUGUCCGUCUGAUUUCAGGUUUUUCCACUGGAUUAUAUCCUGAUCACAGUCAUCACUAUGUACUUCGUGGUCACAUCCAUGGCUGGCAUUCGCAACAUGGGCAUCUGGUUCUUCUGGAUAAGGGUGAGUAAAGACUCCGCUACGACCUUCUUUUGAAAUGUACAAACUGACCAUUGAUUUCCCAUAAUGAUGUUCUUCUUCUCAGCUGUAUAAAAUCCGACCUAAGAGGACUCGCCCUCAGGCUCUCCUUUUCCUCUGCAUGAUCCUCCUCUUGAUCGUCCUUCACACCAGCUACAUGAUCUACAGCCUGGCCCCACAGUACGUCAUGUACGGCAGCCAGAAAUAUCUUGUACAGGUGAGGAGAAACAAACAUGCAUUUUUGAGUAUUUCUCACUUUUCUCAGUCUUGUUGCAGAGAGCUGAAACUGAAGAUGGUGCCAUUACGAUGGCCAGUCAGUGAGUUCAAAUCACUCGGGUCUGUCCAGGUGUAGGCAGCAGAAUGGUCCCUACAGGCUGGUGGAGGGGCUUUUAGAGUCUUGUUCUUUUUGGAUUCUGUCUAUUUGUAUUAGACUGUUUGGCUAUCACUGUGUGGAUCUGUUGUUUUGACAGUCUACCCUCCGUGCCAUCAGAUGUACCUCUGUUCUCUCUGCUUCUCUCUGCCUAUGUGUGGGUGUGUGCAAGUAGUUUAGAUGCACCACGGUGUCUAUGCUUUGUCUCAAAAAUCUUUCAAACAGCAUAAUUAAAAUAAAACCAGGUGUUGUUUUGUGCUGGAACAUCCAUUUUUUUAAAUGAGAGAAAAUAACCUUUAUAAAAGCUGCUCUUUUGGUCUUACUGGGAAAAUGUGGUUCAUUCCUCUCUGCUCGUGUGUUUUCACUGCAGUUAUGAUCUCAGUGUCAUUUAUACCAGCGGAUCUUUUACAGUUUAGCCUGCAUGAAGUAGAUAUUAUCAGCUCAGACUCAUAAUUAGGUUGUUUUUAACACCUUUUACCUUCUUCUUAGUAAGAUUAUGCUUUAUAAUAGUAAUAAUUUACAUGUUAAAUCUCUUAUUUUUGGGUUUAUUUUUAAUUAAAAACUCUAUAUUGAAGUCUGAAUCUGAAUUCCAUCCUAUUUUUUAAUUUUUAUAAAGCUAAACUUCUCCAAAGCUACACAGUUUUGCACAAAAUAAGUAGUUAGUGGUGUUUCUUUGCUUAACAUACACCUGCUUUUUGUGUUUUUGAUUUCAUCAGAUGCCCUCAGCAGGCUCCGCAUCUGGGAACACUACUUCAGGCACCACGAGGACCUGUGAUGCAGCCGCGCCCGAGGGUAAGUCUGUCAUCUCUGCGAGCACAGUGAGGUAGCACAGGUCCAGCAGUGAGACGAUGGAGGAACUUACAAAACAUCAUCAAAGAUUUAUCCCUCACAGGUGGAGUCCAGACUGGCAUAAAGGAAGGACAGUGUACAACACAUCCUGGACUCUGUUCAGUAAUCUUAAUCUCUGUUUAUUAUUCAUUAGAGGGAAUAAGUCCAAGGACAAACAUGACUAAUAGCCUCUAACUGUCUCCAGGUCGAUGCAUAUUAUAGUCAAUCAGCCUUGAAAAAGUUCUAUGUGAAUUCACAUCAUCCAGUGAUGGUAACAGUGCAGAGAUUUAUUCACUUUCUGAAUGCUCAGGUACGGCUGUUGUAGGUGGUGGAGGAGAUGUAAUAUGAUUCUCACAAUGCUUAACAAAGUCCUAUCCAUCUGUUGACAGCUCUCUUUGUUCACCUAUUCACAUAUGCAGACAUACACUACAUACAUACGCAUUCACCUGCUCUAUCUUACAUCCCUCCCUCCACAUUUACUCUCAGAUCACAUCAUAUUCAGACUUCAUUUGAGACUAUUUGACAUCAUGAAAAUCAGGACGAUGACACACGGAGCUGCAAUUAAAGACGCUAAUCUGUUGGAAGUUAUACACUGUAAUGUAUGUAGAAAAACAGCAAAUGUCAUGUAAAAAUUCUUGCAAUUUUUGUUUUUACAAAAUCUAUGGUUGGUCCUCUUUGUUGAGAAACCAGACAGAGAAGUGCAGUUGAUGUCACUUAGUUUGCUGCAGGUGUCAGCACUCCAAGUAAUCAUGUGGCAGGGCAGAGAGCUCUCAGAGCAGAGCUGUACAAAUAGCCAAAUAUAACUAUUGCAUGAUCAUAAUUAAUUAUUAUAAAAUUUAAUGAAGUAAAACCCAAACAUUGUAUAAAUUAAUGUUUUUAAUUCCUUUACUUUGCUGUUUCAGACACUACACAUAUCUGAUUCUCGGGCUGCAGCACACUGAAUUUUGUGUGGAACACUAAUGUAUUAUCAAUUUUGACAUCUCAAAAGCAUCCCCAAAACAAUCCCUGUCAAUAGCAACCAAUACCUGCACAUCAUGUAAUUCAUUUUGCACAACCACUGACACUAUCUGCAUGUGAUCCCCUUCAAAAACUCAUCUUUUAUUGUCCUGGUGGACUACAUUAAUACAUCAGUGUUCUAUCCCAACCCUCCUACAAUACCAAUCCAGUUUCCCACACUCUCUCACAGACUCAUGCCCACACAAAUGCAAACUAGGGGUGUGAGCACACUGCGAAACUGCCAUGUGGACAGAAGGAACCAGGGAUUGAAUCACUUAACCCUGUAAUUAGUGGACCUGCUGCGACACAGCAGCCACUUCUCUGUCUACUCACCUUGAAAAUGACAAAGCAGCCUUGAUUUAUUUAUCACUUUACAAGGAGUUUGAGAUGUAUGUCCAGGGUUGUUAUUAGUGACAAUAUCAGCAAUAAUGUGUCAAAAGUUUGGACCUGUUGUGUCAGGAAACUUAAGGAUGACAAUGAGGAGUAUAUCUGAAUACAGUGAAGGUGUUAGAGAUCGCCAUUAUUGACUCGGUUUUCAUGAAUAAUUUCCAGUUCAUCCAACAGUAGUGAAAAUGCAUUUAGACAGGGUAAGACAGGCAGAAAAUAGAAAGAUAAAGCCGAAGCAGGAGAGUAAGUGCAAAGAUCAAAGCAGAGAUAUUAUUUGUUUACAAUAAUCUGAUCUGCAGAUGCGUACAUUUAGUUUCUAGCUUAACUGUUUUUCCCACGUUGAAGCAAAUAUGCUUUACCCAAAUUAAUUGGCUGCUAGCUGCCUUGAGUAACCUUUAAAGUUAAUGUUGAAUCACACUGGACUUGCAGUUGUAUUGCAUUGAUAGCACAAGGGGAGGGGGGCAAACUGUUAUAUGGAGAUGUGUGAAAGAUAGCGCUGCAUUUUACUCAAGGUUCAAUGCACAGAGUAUAACAUUCUCCUCGAUCCAUACUUCGAUAAUGCAUAUUCAAAGCCACGUGCGCUGACACACUAUUUGUCAUGGGGCGCUGGGUAUUUUUCUCUCUGAAAAUGUGGUCCCUCACUGUAUGCCUCAUUGCAGUAGUGUUUUUCUCUAGAUAGUAUCUCUUAUAGCCCACGCAAGGAAGCUGUGAUGUCAGUUAAGGACAGAUAGCGUCUAAAGUUUUUCGCAUCAGACUCUCAGUGGACCUCACAGUUAUUUGUCAACAGAACUACUGCACAAAAGUGUCAUAUUCCCUUUAUUUCUGCCUAUCUUUUAACUUUAUGAUGUAAACAGUCCCACAGAAAUGCACAAAAUAAGCUAUAAAGAAGCAGUGCGUUAUUUUACAGAUUAAAUUGCGAUUACAAUGUGUGUGAAAGCGUUAAUCCAUCGCUGGACAUCUAUACAAUUGUCAAUCAUACAACCUGGAACUCGCCAUGACGCGACUUUUUUUGUUGCUUGACUCGAGAGCAGUCUCUAGUUUUCAUAGCUCAUCCACAAUGGGUCUGUCAAAUAUCACGCUCACUUGAGCAAAGAACUGUUCCUGCUAUUAGUAGCUCCUUAUCCUGCUGCUGCUGUGAAUAACUAUGGCCACACAGUCAUACAGAUGAGUGACGUGGUGCAGAGCCUGCAUGCACAAGCAGUGCAAGAUGAUGAGCUCACAGUUAAUUAGAAGUUAAUGUUACAGGGUUAGUGAUAUUAAUUUAACUGUUAGCAUAUUCAUAAUAGUUGAUGACAUAAAGUAAGUGAAGUGCAUUUGUUUGCAAAGAAUAAGCGUGUCACUCCACCUCUACUUCUGCUGCUGUCAGAGAUUUUGAUUUGAAAGUCUAAAACAGAGUUACAAACCAAAAUGAUUAAAAGUAUUAUUGAAUUUUUUAAAAUGCAUCUGUCUGGUGUACUUAAACUCCAAAAUGUAUCACAUAAAGAAAAAGUAUUGCGACAUUAGUUUUUGUCUUAUAUUGUGCAGCUCCAUUCAGACACUGAAGCCGGUCUCCAAACUUAGUGGACAGCUAGUUGGCAGUGUCACACACUUUGACACAAUGGACCGCAGUGCUGCAGUGACCUGAAUGACUCAGACCAUGAUUAUCUAUAGUUACAGCUUAAAGCUCUUUUUAGUUUAGUUGAUGUCCAUCUUAUAGUUUAAAGCGAAUGGACCAUAUUUUAAUAGUUUCCAUCUUCUUGUGACGUCAGGUUGCCAUGUAUCCUGAGUAAUUGUGGUCAAUAAGUGGCUCUAUAAAGUGGGGACUUUCAGCCUGUUACUAUGACAACCACCACAUCAUUUAGGUGAAAGUCGCUAGUAUACAGGGUUGCUAUUAAAGCCAUAACUACUGUUGUCAUUAUACGUUGGCUAAAGCGCUGUCAGGUGCAUUUUUAAACCUGAUCUCUCUCAUGUGAAAUGACGACAAUAAGUCUGAAUAUAACCUGGAGCAUCGUGAUGACAUAUGAAAGCAUUGUACAGGAUGAGCGCAGGGCUUGAAGACCUCCAGCACAGUUUCCGGAAAUCCGGCUAAGAAUUUUUUUUUUCGAAAUCAUGUCCAAAAAAAAAAAAAACCCUAGUUAGUUAGAUCUGAAUAUGAGUGGUAGAGGACAGCAUUAUGCUUGAUAGCGUACAUCCUGCCGGAGAAGAGGAAGAAGAGCCUGAAGAAGAAAAAGACGCAUCAGCGAGCGGCGAACAGCAAAUUUCAAACAAUGGAUGCCAGGUACAUCAAUCCAAGAGAGGAAAUGACAAUAUUAGAGGCUGGGCUUGGGUUGAAAAGGCUGGAAAAAAAAGGAAAGCCUCACAGUAGCUGGUGCCGCAAACUGAAAGAUCCAGGUGCUUGUUUUUGUGUGUCGUGCGCCGGAAAGCUUAUAAAUGGCAGCAGUGGGAAAAAGUUCGGUAAAGAUAUUCACAGAUUUGGAAUUCCGGGAUCAAUAACUCUGAGACGAAAUGUUGUCUAGACACAAAUGGUGCGUCUUUCAUGUCGUAAUAGCAGAGACUACUAGCUACAAGAAUCAAAAAACGAUUUGUGUGUUACAAAAACAAGCCGUUCUUCGAGCUGGAUGAAUAAUACUGAUCUCUAUAUGCAGCCAGUCGCUGGGCAAGUGUGCAGGGAUCGUCUGCAAAUUACAAUACAAUGGCAAGACGCUAAAAAACAAAAAUCAAUAGCUCCACUGUUACACAGUAGAGACCCCAAAAUCUCUAAAAGGAAAAUGAAUAGCUCCACUGUCAUAUGGUCCCCCCACCCCUGCAUAAAAAUUUUCAGGCACUGGUCUAUUAGCUGCUCAUUUUGAUCAUUUGCUGUUAUAAAUGUCAAGAAAGACCAUUUCUUUAGGCUGCUGCUGUUGAUCCUUUGUUCUGACUCCUACCCUCUCACAGCAGGUUCAGUCUAAAGAGUGUCGAACAGUAUAGAAAUUGCCAGACCUGCUGCUGAUGGUCUAGAUUGGUCUUUUAGGUAACAAAGACCCCCCAAGAUCAAUUUCAAUCAGUUUCGUGACUAGUUAAAAACUCCCUACUGUGUCUUUAAUAUGAUUCAUAAUGACAUGAGCAACACCGUGGAUCUAGAAAGAACCAGAAGGAUUUAGUCAGCCUUCAGUAAUGGGUUGAGUUAAUGGUUUGUCUCCAUGGUGGGCUUGUACAAUAUGGAAGUACUUCUAAGGUAAUAUCUUUGACAUUUGAAAGAUGUGUGUCCCUAUAGCCUCUCUACUCGUUUCUAUGAAGCCUCUCACAAAAGGCAGUAAAUGCUCAAGGGAUGCUAUUUUCACGGCUCAGCUGUGAUUUGAUACACGCAUUAACACUCAUGACCAAUCAAAUUAGAUCUCAUUACACAUAAAAGCUGAAGUAGAAGCAUCAAGUGCUUGUAGAUCUUCCCUUUUCUUCUCACUAUGCUGCCCACAUGCUGUAUGAUGACAAGAUGAUGACAGGGGAUUUGUUUAAAAAGUUAAAUUUAAAAGAAGUAGAUAUCGAAUAGGGCAAAAUUAAUUAUGAUAGUUUUCAGUAACACUUUCCCUUUGCAAUUAAUGAGGUUGCAUUUGAUUAAACCGUCUGUGUUUGCACAUGACAGUAAUGCUGCCAACAUACAGUAAUUACACGAGCUGACAAUCUCCCUUAAUACUCUUGUUUACACGACAAGACAGUGAGUGUUUUGUUAAUAGAUAGGAUUUUCUUUGUUUGGAUGUUUGUUUGUGCCGCAACCACUAUCACCAUAAUCCGGACCUGACUUUGCAUCACUUUGUCGGGUUGUUUUUGCAGAUUGUUUCGCUGUUUUUUUUUAAAGAUUAAAAAAAAAAAGCUGAUGAAGAUGAGCUGGGUAAAAAUUAGCGGCAUUGUUCAAAUAUCUACAUUCUUGGUGUGAUUUGUGCAUUCAUACGCACAUGCUGGCCUCCUAAAGUGCUGCUCUAGUAAUAAAUGUGUGUUGCCUAUGACACCAGGACAGAAGCCAAAAGUAUUUUUACUUUUGCUUUUGACCAGUUAAGGGAAACUGGUCCUAUUCUGGCCUCUUGGAAAUGCUUUCAUAACAGCCGUUGUACCUCCCACCAUGAAGAGGAGGAAGUAUCAAGCAGAGACAACACAUGCAACUGAGAGGGAAUACAAUCAAAAGCUUAUCGACCGAUGUACCGCAGGAAGUAGCAGGUGAAUAACUUCAUUUGUGCCAUGAGGGAGUGCAACUCUGUCUUCCUAAAUUUACAUAAUGCAGAGAGAGUACCUCAUGAACCCUGCAGUGGUUAAAAGCUAAGAGAGAGCGAUGGCUGAAGAGGACUAAAUGGCUCUGUGCCAGUCAACCAACCAACCAGCUCAUCCAAAUAAAUGGACUUCACUUGUCUGUGCUUUUAGAUCAUUUUUCUACCAUUUCCUUUUUUUUUAUUCUAAACUUCAAUCUGAAAAGUCACAAUGAUGAAUCAGACCCAAUACUAAAGAUAAAAACCACAGGGGGAGUUUGCUCAUAGUAAAUCAAAACACUGCUCUUAUGGAGUUUUGACACUUGGGACGUGUUGUUGCUAAAAUGCAUCUGUUGCUGUUACUCAGUAUCAUUAAGUCUACUUGAAUGGUGAGUCACGGAUUUUGUUUUUAAAGAAAAUACAAAGGAAUUGUAUCAUUAGUGCAAAAAGCACAGGUUUUCUUGACUGAAAGGCAACUCUGUUAAAACCCAUGAGCCUAACAUUUUUGUUGAUUUUUUUCUUCAUUAUCCCUGAAAUGAAAUCUGAACAGAAUCAAACAGAUUUCAGCUCAUUGUCUUCUGUGAUUGUAGGUGGUUAGUGAACAACUUCAGGAAAAUCUGACUGGAUUUAGGACUUAAGGAAAGAGAGAAAGAAAGAAAGCUGCUUUUCUUUUGUCUUAUUCUUGUAAAGGUGCAGUUCGUAGUAUUUGGGGGCAUGAUGAUUUCCAUUUGCAUUUAGCAAAAUUUACAAUGUGCAGUUUCUGUACAGAUGUGUAGCUCUUUUUCUUGUACCAUCUGUUUUUACUUUAUGCACCUCAUGCCUUUCUGUCUUUCUGCAGGCUAAGCUGUCAGUACUGUAGUUAAAUUCACUAAGUAUACUUACCAUUUCUGUAAAUGCAUGAUAAUGAUCUAAUGAGGGAGAAAAUGAAUAGGUUAUUACGACUUACUGGUACAUUCGUCAUUGCGGAGUAUAAGAAGCAGCCAACCUGUUUGAUAAAAGGUUUUCAAAGUGUGUCUCACACACUGCAUUAUACAGUUCUUCAGAUUUCUGCAAGUGUAUUUGUGUUUCUAGUCAAAAUGUCUCAUUAUGCUCAAUAUAAGACUCAUUUAUUUCAUGACAAGUUCAAAAAUAAAACUUAUUUCAAGGUAAUAAAAGACAAAAUAGGGCCCUGAAUUGCUUGUAAGAAGUAAAAACAUCUGCCAACGGAGCAAAACAAAUUUUCUGGAAAUGCAAUGUAAUGCCUAUUUCAUGAAACUUUUCCCUGCUGUUGGCAGAUAUAUUUCUGCUUUUUAAAAAGAAAAUCUUGCUUUAUUUUUGACUUUCCAUUUCUUGAAAUAAGGUUUAUUUCUGAACUUGUCAGCUGAAUAUGUUUCAUGCAAAGUUGGAUUUGAUACUUGGGCUAGAAAUUGAACAAAUGCACUUGCAAGUAUUUGAGUUUCGCAGAUUUUCAGUGCUUAGCUAAGUAAGAUAAACUUGUAUUCAUCCCACGGUUGGAAAACUACAAGGUUUUGUUGACUGUUUCUGUAAAUAAUAACUCAGCCGCUCUGUAUAAUAUUCAUAUAAAUGUUCUCUUGCCAUGAUUCCCAAACUUAUUUUGCAGACAUAAGUUAUAUAAUCCAAGAAAAGCCUGUACAUCUUGGUAUUCAUAUGGUGGUUGUACUCAAGUAACUCUGGAUUGUUUUGCAGCAGCGUUGAAUCCAGCAGUGAACUUUAUCUGCAGCUUUUGCAAAAAUAGAUAUAACGUUCUUUAUGCCAUGUCUCCUGGGAGAACAGAGAGUGUUACUGUAGAGUAGGAAUCUGCUUCUGUUGAAAAAUGUCAUCAGGUGUGGAAAAGUCUCUGGAAGGUCAUCACUUUGUAAUAACCUUUAGUACGACACUUGAUCAUGAGACAGCUGAGUAAGAAGAGAGUGGGAGUCAAGCAGGUGACUGAUUGGCCGGUCGGUCAUGGUGGUCUAAUGACACCAACAUCUUGUGAGCAGGUACUCUGUGUCAAGCUCUCCAUUAUCUCCCCUAAGGUCAUUAUAGCGUCAUUACUCAUUUACCCAGUAUAAUGGAAGUGAAUCCAGAGGAAUUAGUCACCAUGGCCCCAGACAACCUGAAACUUGAAGUCCUCUUCAGCAGGUGAUUGAAGACCCGGUUUAAGAGGAUUUUAAAGAAAGAAGUGUCUGAGUAUUUAUUAGAGUUCUGAUCUGAAUUUAGGCUUCACAUUUAUAUGAAUAAAGCUCAAUUCAGCUGCUGUGUAUUUAAGCUGGGAAGAAGAGUACUUUUCAUUAUGCAUCCAGUCUUUUCCUCUUUACACACACUUGAACCAUUUUUGCCUUUAACCUAUCUAUAUUUGCUUUAAUGUAGUCACACUCUCAGUUCUUUGAAGUGAUGUGAAAGAUAGAUAGACGUCAGCUAAGUCAAAAUUUUUGAGCCCUAACAUUAGAAGUGUUCUAAGACUAAGGAUGCCGUUACAGAGGAUUUCUUUCCACCUGUAUUUGCUCUCUACUCCUUCUUCCCAUAGACUGUAUAUACUAUUGACAACUUGACUCCGCCUUCCGGCAUUUUACGAAUUCGAAGCCAAAUUGCUCUCGGUCCUGCCCUCCUUCACCUCUGAUUGGCUAGAAGUGCUGGGCUCCGAUUGGUUAUUCCUAAUGGCUGUGAAAUGUCAUUGUCUGUCAGGUUAGGGGUAGGGUUAGGAGAUUCAGAAGUGCGAUGAUGUUCUGUUGGAUGCACAGAGCCAACAGCCUGUGUUUGGCUUGAGCGUGUGAUGACGUUUUCAGCUUUCCUAGCCAAUCAGAGAUGCAGGAGGCGGGACUUUCUCCUACCGUUCUACAAAAAAAAAAUAUGGCCCCCUGGGUGAGCCACACAAUCUUCGUAAGCCCAUAGGCUGUAUCAAGUGUCAAUCAUAGAAAACAUGAACCCCCUAAUAACUUUUAAAAAUGGAGCUGCACAGAAAAAAGAGGACUUGAGCAUAAUCAGUCUUAGAGUAACUGCGUGUCACUAUCGCAAGCAGGGGGGAGAAAAAUUUACAUUCUGUGUAAUAAAUUUCUAAAGUUUGUCCACAGCUCCAUAGGGAUUGCUGGAGGCGGGAUUUAUGACCUAUACUGCAGCCAGUCACCAGAGGGUGCUGUUCUCGUGGUGAGGCAGAUGGCGUCCAUUCUAUAUACAGUCUUUAGUUUUUAUCCUCAAAAACAUCCAUUGAUUGCAAGUCUUUUUUUGCACAAUAACUUCUUCUUCUUCCGCUUCUAAUCAGCGCACACUACUUUGUGCCACUGUAGAAACAUGGUAGUGCAACAUGCCGUCCCUUAAGUUUGCUUCUCUAUGUAUCCAGUUAUCCAUUCUAUAUACAGUCUUUGCUUCCUCCGCAUCCACCAAAGCCCGCUGAUUUGUGAUUGGUCAGAGCUGUGAGCCUGAAUCUGUGAAGAGACAUCAGAUGCAGUUUAGCAUGAGGUCUUGACACAAACCAACUUCUACUGAAGAAAAAGGUCCAGUAAAGUCUACUUUCUUGAUCCCCCGCUGGGUCAAACUCACUUGUUAUAUCAGCAGCUGCUGCCCAAUGAGACCAAUGAAAACAUACUCUAGAUUGUAACUUUGAAAGUUUAAUAAUAUACCGGCUUCAUUAAGGCCUGCUGUAACCUCAGAAAUUCUCAGCAUUAGAUGAAGCUGCUUUCACAAAUUACUCUUACUGCUGUGAUGUUCACGCUGCUCCUAAUGGCGGGCCGGCUUCUUUGAUCAUAAACUCUGACUUUCUUCUGAGCUUAUCUACAUCCGCUGCUCAUGUCACCUAAGAUGUUGUUUGAUAGAGCUGGAUGUACUAUUCUUGGAGAUCAUAUGAAGUGGAAUAUUUGUUCUAUCUGAUAACAGCUGAGGAUCUUGAUUGUUAAUAUACCAUAAAACCCACUUUAACAGGCCCUCGUCUCAUUUAUUGAUGUAUUUGAUUGGCCUCUGUCACAGACGUCUCCAACUCCAAGUCUGUUUCUAAUGAUCUCUUUGUCUCCAAAGAAAUAAACCCCCUCAUCUUUUGUUUAUUACUGUCAUGUUAGUGCCUCUAUCAUCCCUCUGAAUCUCCUGUCAUUGGUUAAAUAAGUUCCCUUGAUAGUCAGACUAAUGAUUUUAAUGACAUUCAGUCCACAGCACUUCCUGUUCGAUGUUGUCUCAAAACCAAUAAUCUCAUUUUGGGUUAAUCUGUCCUAGUUUGUCAGCCACUCCCAUGAGAUAGCUCCAUAAAAUGUAUAAAAAUCACAUUUUCUACAGUAAGAAAAGUUUAUUUAACACUUACUGUCGAUAAGCCUUUCCCCUGUUUUUAUCGACGCAGUGGCUCCUUUUUCCAGUGAGCCCCCCUGAGAUGCAGCUGUUAGUUUUCUUUCACCAUUAAGGUCAAUGCAAUUAUAGCAACAAUAUAAACUUUAUGGUGUCAGACUCCCUCACACUCCUACAUUCAGGAAAAUAAAAGUUAAUAUUUUCAACCAUGAGCCAAACUGGAGUCCGUACCAUGGAAUAUGAAUCACAUUAUUUCCCUCUCUGACUCCCAGUGAUAGAUCUUUUACUACACAGGAGUGUUUUCAGACUUUGGACUGCUGUCUGUUUCCUAGCAACUUGCCAGUUUCCACCACAUUGUUUCGAAGAGCUUCAGGGGAGAAGACGGUCAUAAUUUCAUGUUUUGCCUCAGAGAUGUCUGGUGUCUGAGCAAUUUUCAACAGGAGACUCCCUCAACCCCAACACAAAUUAAUAGUAAUUUUCUUUGCAUCAAGGGGAUCAUCAUCAAUUUUUCCUACAAUGGGAUAUGUCAAUCAAACCCAACUCUCUUGAAAUAGGAGUGUCCGUCUUGUACUCCGCAGACAGCCUCUUCCUAUCAGAGAGAAAUGAAGUUUCAAGGGUGUCAGUUAGCUCGGUACUGUGCCAAAAGUUCUCCACUUAAAUUAAACGGAUUUAAAACACUUACAGCUGUUGUUAUCAAUAUUUGUACACAUUCGUUUUUCAGCUUUUUACAGCUGGUGGAAAUGGUUUUAAAAGGAGUUUGGAGAGAAGAAAUAUAAGCUCAAUACGAGACAUACCUGUCAGGACUCCUGUGAGAAGACUUCAGGUAGAGCAGGGUUCAUUUCAUUAACGCUGAUGAGGUUUAGGUUUCAUUAACAAGACAAAACUGAUGUAGAAGGUCAUUAAGAACACGUCAUUUUUUCUCCACUUAAUCUGUCACAAGCAGUGCCUUCUUACAAAACAGGCUGAGUUAGUUAGAGGGUUCAGAGCUAACUCUGCUUUCUUUCUUUCUUCAUUUAGAGAUUUCUCCUGAUGCACAUUGAUUACCGAAACACAACCAGUUACCGAGGCAACGUCAGUUUAAUGUUUGACCAUUCUAACUGUGAACAGCUCCAUAUCCAAACCUUGUGUUGUCCCAGUUUGGAGUUUUGCUCCUAACUUGAAUCUGAACCUGUGCGCCGAGUAACUUACCCUUCAGCCUCUUGAAUUGUAUUUGUCUUUGCAAUAUAUCACACCCACACUCCGCAUCCUUCUGCCAAAAGAUCCUCUAGGUUUUACAAAUAGUCCUUUACAACUCCAUCACUUGGGUCUUGUCAUCUCUGAAGUCGCUCGUAAUGACAGUGUCUUAUCUGUACCACAAAAAGUUUCCAAACUUUCUGGAUCAUAUUUUUCCAUCUCCAUAUGGGGACAAAACAACAUAAUAUCACAGGACGCUGAACAGAAGCAAUACACUCACAUGAAAUGUAACUUUACAACCACAAUUAUAAAAAGUAUCAGUAAAUAGUCGAUGGUUAACAUGGAUGGAUAAGGUGCAGGUGGGUAGCAGCUUGAAUCAGUGAUAAUGAGACUGUGUUUUUAGAGUUGGCGUGUGAAAACGACCUGGACGUGUGUGUUUUUGGCUGACCUGUCGCACCAGCCAGACGGCAACAUUUUAGUUUAAUUCCCUUUAACAUUCCCCUCACCGUACAUUUUCCUUUAUGGGUCACAGCCUCGUCCAGAUUUGUCUAAUAGGAGUAGCUGAUUCACCUGGUUUUUUAAAAAUGCCUCUCUAAGUCGAGUCAGGUAUUCAUUUUCAAAAGCAGCUGAGGAAAACAAAAGCUAAAUGUCUUAGUUGGAGUAAUCAGUGGUGUAGGCGAGGUCAGGUAAGGUAAAAUCCUCUACAUACGGUGCCUUUUUUGUCUGCAUUUAGGUCUUGAAUGUUGCCCAAAUGGAUUUUCUCUGCAAGAGGGGGAUAAAGAAUAAGGUUUGGCACAGCGAAAAAGAUGCUUGUUUUGAACAUUCAUCGACAGCGCUAAUACGAGCAGCCAGAGAUAUGAAAAUAGUUCUGUUGGAGGAGCAUCAGCAUCCUCGAAGGACACUGGAAUGAAAGUGCUCUGCUGCGUUUUCGAUGUAGGGAAAGUGAAAGCACACAGUGUAGGAACAGGAGUGCUCACUGAUAGAGCCUUUCACAAAGAACACUAAGUGUGUAUGUGAGUCUUUGAGGUUUUAUGCAUGUGUUUGUGUUCAAAUACAGAGUAGAAAGUUAUGCAUAAUGCAUCAUGCUACACUGGGUAGCACUCACCUAGGUAUCAUGAGUCAAGGUGAAAUUAUCUGCUCUCACACACUGCCCCGUGCUCUUAUCGGAGUAUGGUAAUGAUUUCAAGGUGAAGUGGGUCACCGGUGUACAUGAUAAUAUAUUUAGGAAGACCACUGUUGUGAACCAUCUGCACGUUCAAGUUUGAGCUGCGCAAUUCAGGCGAGCAGCUGGAGAGCUACAGAUGGCUGCGAUGCUAGAGAGAAAGAGCGGGGUCAUGGGAAUGAAGGAAGACCUGCUUCUCUUCUCUUAUUUGUUGGAGAAAAGGAUAAUUGUUGGUUUGCAUUCAGAGCUCCUUUGAGUCCACUCUUAAACGUUAGAUAUAGCCUACAUGCGAACGCAGAUAGAAGCAUCAAGAGUUGAUCUGACCAGCAGUUAGCAAUACACAACUUCUAAUUGGAUGAUAGGGUGACCAUAUUCUGACUUCCCAAAAAGAAGACACAUCACGUGGGGGCGGAGUCACUGAGUCGCACAAAGUUAAUUUUGAGAGUUCUGCAGGUCGGAUCAAACUCGUAGCUUCCGUGCAAAACCGCGAACAUUUGAAGGAUUUUAUAAACUUUCCCAGACAAAGCCGGACAGGCCCGGACAGCCCCCCCCAAAAAAGGACAUGUCUGGGUAAAAGAGGACAUACGGUCACCCUAAAUUAGAGCUUUGUUUGUGAAAUGCAGUUUAAUUAGUAGGGCUGUAAAGUCCUAGUUAGCUGUAAAGUCCCCUCUUGUUUUCCCCAUCCCCAAAUGAAAAUUGUGACAAGAAUUCUGACAAAAUACAUCUAUUUGUCAUUGUUGCAGUUCAGCCAACUCUCCAUCAUUUUUUUAAAUGUUGGCGCGAUUGUGAGUGAAAGAGUUAGGAAGCCAAGACCCGCCUUACGUUGCUUCUGAUUGGUUUAUAUUGCGUGGUGCCUUCCGUGGUUGGUUAGAUUACAGAGUCGGAAAAGUCUCCCUCCCCCUUAGUCGAUUCUUUGCCGAAAAUUUCAGGGUUUUAGUCGACCAAGAAUGUCUUUGGUUGAUUACAGCCCUAAUAUACACGCAAACGCAGAACACGUGAGCUGUCUCCUCAUAAAGAUAGAAGCAACAAGGAGUGGAUCUGGCCAGCAGUUAGAAAUACACAACUUCUGAUUAAAGCUUUUUUGUGUGCAUUACAGCUCAGUUAGCAACCUUUAUGUGUUUUUGCAACAUCCAAGGGGCUUUUUAUCUCAGUGUACACUCAGAGACUAUCCAGAUUCAAGCUUCCUGAGACUUCUCCGCUUGUUAACAGCAUAGAGAUAUGAAAGACAGAAACUGAUUUAUCUUGAUCAGCUCGCUCCUGUACCAGUUGGUCUGUGCUUUCUCUUGUUACAACAACAUCCAGAUCAGAUUUCCCUUUAUUCUGACUUAAUUUCAUGGUGCUGGUUACAUUAAUCAAUAAAUCAUCACAUAAAGGUUGAAUCAGCAGUAUUUUCUGGCUCAUGCAACUGGAUAUUAGCAUUUACAAGCAGAGGCACCGCAGUAGUAAGAGCUGCUUGUUAACUUAAAAUAGUUGUACUAAAAGUCCAGACCCCAAAAGUUCAGUUCCCACAUCUUUAUGUAGAAUCUGUAAAUAGAGAUUAGUAUUCAUGAAACAACACAAACCUGCAUUUUCUUUGUCUUUUUUUUGUGAGUGUUUUGAAUAAUUCAGCACUCUGGAGGGGAAAACGUUUCCAAAUGCUGGCUUUAAUGAAUAAAUUUGAAACCACACUGAGGAUCUAGAUGUCACGUAGCUCUAAAAAGUCUGAUUGUGCUGCUGGUGGGUCCAAGCCGGUGUGGGAAACAGUGUGAGAGGAGGAGCUCAGCAGGGUUAGCAUUAAAGCUCCAGAUGGCUCUCUAACAUAGCCAGACAGUGCAGCUCCUCUUCAGUUCAGCUCUGUAGACUAACCUCUCUCUGCUGAAAUCGCACACAUAUCUGAUGGGAAUAUAUUGAGAUGUUUUCCCUGUUUUCCUCCAGUGUGAAUGGCGAAGCUAACUAAUAAUGAUGACCUGAAAGGAGGCACGUUUCUCCUCCUUCUUUAUCUUCCGGCAUUUUCAGAGAAAAACUAUCAGCGAGACCCAGACGCUGCUCUUACAUCAGCGGCUCUGUCCACAUUCAACGUCAUCAGCAUUUCCCAUGCCUGUCAAUACCCGUUCGAGCACAUAAAGGGGAAUGACUCAGCUUAAGAAUUUUUUAUUAUUCCUGCCCUCUCCGCCAGGAAGAUCAAUAGCACUAUCACUUCUGUCAAGAAGUGGAGAGCUGAGGCUCAGAGGUGAUGUCAGCAGCAUAAAGCAAAGAGCGACUCUGCCCACAAAGAAAGCAAUUGGAUUUAAGACGCAAUAAGUGAGAAUCUUUUUCUUCAAGCUUCUGGAUUUGAAGGGUUUGUAUUUUCCAUCAAACUGCACAGUCAAUACAGAUCGAGCUGUCUUUAGUUACUGUAACAAACUUCAUUUGAGGGAGGGCUGCAGAGUGGAGUUUUGCUUACCUCGACAAAGACCAGAUCCCUAAAGAAAGGGGGCUUACAAAAAAUGCCAACAUCAGACUCCAGUUUAGAAAACUCCAGUAUCAUGUGUGGAUUUUUGUACCAAUUGAGCACACUCAGGUUUCCAGAUAGAAUAACAACACUUCCCCGAAUAAAUAAACUGGUAAUCUGAUGCUGCAAAACAAAACCACGACUGAAGUGCACUGUGGGAACAAACUCAUCACUCACUGGUGUUGUUUAAAAGGGGUGUCAGGUUUCCCGGUCUGGAUAGAACUGAAAAGACCUGCAGCUUAUUUGAAUACAAAUAAAGAAUAAAAACCUCAGAUGAAUUUUUACACUCUGUGGCACAGAGAGAGAGGGACUUCCAUGUUGGGCUGAUUCAUGUGACCCCUUUGGGGAAAAGACUGCAUUUCCCAUGAGCGUCAUCACCCGCUGUGAUAAAGACAUGGCACUUGCCAAAGCAAAUAAAUGGAAUUAUUUUAUUUUAAUACUACUUUCCUUUGUUUCAGACAGCAUAUUAUUGCAGGAUACAGAAUGAUUGGAUGAUGCAUCGAUUCGUUUCCAUGUAAAAUCAUGAACUAAAACUUUACAUUUUUUAAAACUGGAUCAAUUUAACAAUUUACAGCCAUGGUGUUAUGAUGUGUGCUUCAGUGUCCCAGUCAAUGUCAGAACUAGGGCUGAGUAAUAUGGACUGACAAUAAAAUUUCAUUUAAAAAAACUAAAUUCAUGAUUUUUUUCAAAUUUUCGCCUAAAAUUAAAACCUUAAAUGACAAAAACAUAACCCUAAACACUGCGUUUUGUUCAAGGGAUCUCACUGCAAAACCAAACCAGCUCCAAACAACUUGGGAAUAAUGUUUGUCUCUGCUCGAAGGGGAACGAGGUUGAUGGCAGAAGCCAUUCAUACCCUAGUUUCAUAUGCUUAUCUUAUUGCCUUUGAUUGGCUAUAAGGGCUGACCGUUUGGCUUGAGCGUGUGAUGAUGUUUCCAGCUUUUCUAGCCAAUCAGAGGCGAAGGAGGCUGGACUUUCCCCGGCAAAAGUCGAAUCGGGCUUGAUGUGGAUAGUCAGGCGCGUCAAAGUUCACCUCCGAAUAUUUCGUAAUUUUGCGUUCUAUAUUUGCGUCUGCCCUGGUGUGUAAGGACCUUUAUAGUGAGGUUCUGACAACUCCAGACAUCAUUUUCCAGAGAAGUAAUACAAGUAAAUCAUUAGAGCGCUGUUUCAAGUUUUGAAUUUACUGAGUAAUUUGAUUUUUGGUUCAGCUCUAGUCAAGGAGUAAAAGUCUCGUGCAAAUAUUUGAGCGAGCCCUGAUCAGAGUAAAGCCAACAUCAACAUCUACAUUAGCUGAAGUUGUUUUAAAUCUUGAAUAGCAUUAAUAUUGAUGAAGAAGUUAGUCUAAUAAUCAUAAGAGCUUGAAUGGAGGCCCACAUUCAUUAAGCAUUACCUCAGCUGCCCUCUUUUCACAAUCGUUUGUUGCCGUUGCGUGCCUGCGCCUUCACCUUUUGACUUUCCAGUGUGUAACAGUGGAUAUGUUUAAUGCAAGGCUCCAUUUACCAUGACAUCAUCUUUGUUGUAUCUAUUGUUAAACUUAUAUUCGCACUGACAGUGACAUGGCUUUCCCCUCUUCAGAAGACUGCUUGUCUUUUCUGGUUACACUGAUAAAACUGCCUGAAGCAUCGCUGGAUGUACAGUGGUAAUAGCAGCAUGUUUUUAGCUCUUAAGUGAACACAGAGCCUUUAACUACACACAUACGCCUGUGCAAUUAUAAACAGCAUCAGAAGUGUCAGCUUUUAUUUUAGAACGGCUGUUUUUCUGGAUGAGAGCACACACGGCAGAGAAGUCGGUUCUCAUUUCAAGCAAAGACACCAAACCGAUUCUUUCAAGGUUAUUUGUUUGACUUCUUUCUGUUUCCACGCCAAGUCAUUUUUACUCAUACUUUAACUUCUUCUUUCUCUCUCUCUGUGUUGAUGAAAUGUUUGUUCUUCUGCAUUAUAUAAAAGUUAUUUUCUGCAAGACUUUCUGCAGUGAGAAAUUGAAAAGCACUUUGUUGGUGGUCUUAGAAUGGGACUACGAAAGAAGACCUUUAUAUUUCUUUAUCAACAUCACUUUUUAAGCUUUAUUCAGUAUUUUCUGAAGAUUUUGGCUGAUAUCUCACAAGUUUCUUCCUCAAAGCAGAAAGUUAGCCUUGAGUUUUUACAUUGUUAUGUUCUUCUUUUUGAGAAGCUAGGUUUCAUCUUUGUGUCCUCUCUUGAUCUGCUUUGACACUCGUGUCUGGCUAAGGGCAUCAAAUGUUUUCAUCCUGUCCAAGGUGUUGCUGGAUGAACAUGCAUGCCUGUGGGUGGUUUACAUACAGCAUACAGCAAAGCCCUUCGCACUCUCCCGAAAACUGCGGUCCUGCUUUGCGUUGAUUUUUACACCUUUUUCUUUAAAUGACUCAAAAAACGAGGAGUUUUAAAAAGAAAUCUCUCACCUUAAAAGACCUGAAAUCACUGAAAACAAACUGUUCCUUCACUUUGACUUGGUCAGAACAUAAAGAAGUAUUUUCACUAUUUGACAACAUGACAGUGCGUCCAGAGGGAAAAGAAUAAGGACAGGACAGCAAUGCCAGAUAGAAAAAUCCUGAUGCAGUACAUCACUUUGUGUUCAAAAAUCUGUUCGACAACAUCAACAUCUUGUAUGAAAUGUAAAAGUAGAUGUGCUGCUCUUGUCAGGAAAGAGUUCUACUUGCAACUAGACAAAAAAGUGAUCUUUUGAUUAGGGCCCAACUGAUAUGGGGCCGAUGCCAAUACCGAUUAUUAGGUGGCCAAAUUAAUCGGCUCGACGAUAAAUCGGUCGGGCCCUACUUUUGAUGAAGGCAACAAUAAGUAUUAAAAGGAUGUUCUUGUGUCUCUUCUCUUUCAGAUCAGUGCACAGUGACACGGUCCUAUCUUUUCCUCCACAAGUUCUGGUUCUUCAGCACCAUCUACUACUUUGGUAACUGGGCCUUCAUCGGGGUAAGACAUUACCAUCUUUAUUUCAGAUGAAGAAAAAUGAUUCUGGGUUGAAUUUAGAGGCUUACAAAGAAUAAACAUUGAAGCUCCCUUGAGGAUUUUUGGGGUUAAGUCACUUUUGGCGCCCCCUGUGGACAAAGUAUAACUCAUCCCUUUUCCAGUCUUCUCCUGUACUUGUGACUCUGGUGUUUUCUAGUGUUGUCAGGAUACCAGAUUUUUGAACUUUGAUGCAAUACCAGUAAAAAUCAACAUUACAUUAAUACUGCUACUUCACACUGAAAUAACUUUAUUGUGACUUAAUUGUGCUGCUUAGAAAACCUGAAGAAGCAACAUUUAACAUGCUUUUUAGAGCAAUGAAAGUCAAAAUAAAUCUGUUUUUUCCCAUUAAUGAUAUAUAAUCAAAAUAAAAUGUUUCAUCAGAAGUAUCAUUUAUGAUUCAGAGAAAGUUUGAAGUGUUUUUCACCAAGUUGCAACCUCCAAUUUUGAGAAAUGGAGCCGAUGCAGUUCCCUGAGUGCCCACUUGAGGCUGGCUGCAGAAGCACUCGAAUAAAUAAAGCCCCAUGUUAGAGCAAAAAUAAACAUGUUUACAGGCUGGUUCAAAAGCAGUGCCCAAGGUGAUUUUCCAGUGUCGGUAAAAGAUAAAAAUGUAACUUAAUUUAAUCUCAAGUAGAUCUCUCAGACCUCAUUAUGCUUAUGUCCACUUCAUCUGUAUUUAUCGCAUACUGAUGCUGCUCACUCUUGUCAUUCUCUCACAACGGCUUCUGUUUGAACCAUAAGAGUAGAUUUACUUCUUCCAUAAACACAUAUUCUUUUCAGUACUAUUGCACUUUAUAACCCUACUGUUCUAUCAAAGGAAAAUUCUAUCUCGCAGCCAGGAAACAGGCGAAAUAACUCGAAACCAGAAAUCAAUCUUGUCUCUGAUGGUCUGCUUCGCUGUUGGAGGUUGUAUAAAAGCUUCUCAAUUAAUUUCAGUCUGUUUGAUAAGCAGCUACAAACUCCUCACAGGAGCUUUAACAUUAUUUUUGGGGGGAAACGGUGAUGAAAACUGUUAUUUAGCAUUUUUUGAACAAUAAACUACUUGCAGCAGAAACAUCUAUGAAACAUUUAAUUUACUCCCAAAGUGGUUCAGGAGUAUUUUCUUCGGGGAGUGUGAGUGCAGAAGCACAUAAUGAAAUUUCUGCUCAGAGGAAAAAAAGAGUUCCUGAAAAUGAUUUUCCAACACUGUACACAGCUAAUCUCCCCUACAAAAUACUUAAUAGCCUCUUUCCCUGCUGUUGAUGCAUUGUAUCGAUCAAACGACCCCUGCGAAAUAUCUCCUAAUGCACGCUCUUUGUCUUUUCUUUUCAGGCUUUCCUCAUCGGCCUGGUCGUGUCCUGCUGCAGAGGGAAGAAGUCUGUGAUUGAAGGAGAGGUGGAGGCCGAUGACUCAGACUUGAGCGAUGAUGAAUAUGUGCACUGAAAAACGUUCCUUCCAAAAAUGCAAGGGACUAGAAAGAGCAAAAUCAGAAACAAACAAAUGGAUGUCAGUCAUUCGUCACCGCUUAAUUUAUUGUUUUGAGGGAGUGAUUGCUGUGGUUUUCUCGCGGAUUCCAGCACGGUUUUGAGUUGACUCGUCCCUCCCUUUUAAUGAGAGUGCUCAGACCGAUUGUUGUGUCUUUCCCGCUCAAUAUUAUGGAUGACUUUUGGAUUCUGAGAGCGCCGUCCAACUUAAUCCUAUCUAUAGAAAAUUCACUUAUCAUCAAUUUGAGACUGACACAAAUUGGAGAUUUUUCUGCCGCUCAUCCCAAACUUUAUGUCCGAAAUAGUUUGGACGUAAACUGACUUUUUACUUGAUCUGAGCACUUUCUAGACCCUUAAAUGGUUUACUUUGUGAGAAUAUUUACUGUUUGCUUUAGACUACUUUUUAAGAUGGAAACGAUGGCGCUUACAGAAGCUGUUCUGCUUGUGUUUCUGACAGAUAAUUGGCAUUAAAUAAUGAUUCCCGUGCGUCGAAACAGUAACAUCUUUAAAGUUUGUUUUGCUUGUUUACGUCCGAGGUUAAAUAUUCAAAGAUAGACGUGUGCUUUAUCUCAUUGUUUUAGUUUUCUGCAGCCUCAGACGAUUAUUGAAGUGUUACUGUUCUUAUAAACCUGCACUUUGUGUGUGAAACGUAAAGGACCAAUAGCAGCUAAGAUCAUGAGUUAUUGCUGUUUUUUUUUAUGAAAUGGGGUCAACAGCUUUCUCACUCGUUUGAAGACCUUACAGAAAGAAACUAAAGAUAAGGAUGUAAUUUUCUUUUGAUUAAGAAGUUAUGUUGUUUUGCCUUUUGCUCUGUAGUUCAUCAGCUUUUCUCAGCUAUGUUUGACUUCUUUCAGCGUGUUUAGCAAUCAUUAAGUGUGUAAAUGAAUACAAAGUGUUGAUUUCAAUAACAAACUGACAGAAAACAAUAUUUAUAAUUAGGACUAAGAGAGUUUUGUGCCUCAUGACUGUGAAGUACUAUGAUGGGCACACACUGCUGUAAAUGAUGCCCUGAAUUAACCCCCACGAAUAUCAGCCUCGAUCUCAUAGUUUUGAUCAUGCCUGGAGAUAUUAAUCAUCAAAAAAGUGAUCAGUCCAAACGUAACUGCUGUUGAUGCUGUCUGUAUUUAAUAAGUCACGUAUUCAAAGAAAUAAAAACAUUUUAAACCCCCUCCAACUGGACGAGAAAAA